GGGGAGACAGAGGGAGGAGAGGAUGUCAUCAGCGAUGUAGAGGAACAGUCUGUGUACGGAUUCGCGAAUGAGGAAACACGUUAUUCCGUCUCUGACAUCGUCUUCAGAGCUCAUCUGAAGGCUGACAACCUGUACAGGUAAGAACCGACAAGACCCCUAACCGAACCAAAUCAGGAUUCAAACAAGCUCAGGAGAAUGACGAGGCAGGUGAAGUUUCAGGUAGACGAUGCUUAUAGCAGAGGGUUUGGAAACUUAAUCGAAUCUGUUUUUAAAGGUGAAUCAGGCUUUUCAAGUCAAAGUUAUUUUGAGCUUCCUGUCUUUAUAUGUGAGCGGGUUCGAGCUUCAAAUAGUAACAGGAAUAAAGGGCCAGUCUACGCUUUUAUCUGUGGAAUCAGGUCUAAUUUCCUGAUACGAGUGUGAGAACAGUCUGUCAGCAGCACUGUGAUGACUGAAGUCUACUGUAUGUGUGAGUGGGCAUAACUCCACAAAGGCAGGAUUGUUCUCAAACAUUUUUUACCCAUGAGCGCUCUUACUAUGAGGACAAAAACACGCUCAAUCACAGAUCAGAUCAUGAGCUCUAUUCUUGUAGGUGCAAAAACACGAUUUUAUCAUUGUACCUCCUCAGCAGAGUCUCCCCUUGUGCUCCUUGGACAUUCCAUCUUUGCAUUUCGAUAAAUUGCUGUUUACAUGAGUAUCCUGGUCGUUGGUUUCCCCCCUUUGUGCCUUAGAUAGGGAGUGACUGUUGCUGUAAUGUAAUACUUCCUGCCUUCUGAAUAAUAAAUGGAGGAGACUCACUCAUUGACCAUUACUGAUUACGUAACCUCACUUCUUCCUAAAACGGACCUUUUCCUGCUAAAUGUUGGCGUCCUCUUGGAAAACCUCCCUCCUCAUCUUGACUCUGAACAUCUCUACUCUCUCCAGGUGUGAAGAUGGGGAACGGCUCCAUGAAAUCAAAGCAUUACAAGCACACAGACAGCCACAAAGACAAUGGCUGUGGGUUCAAAAACCAGUCUGUGGACUCUCUCAGGGCACGGGUGGAAGAGCUGGAGCAUGAGGGGAAGAGGAGGGAGGAGGAGCUGUGUGCUAAAGAGCAGCAGAUCAAAGGUCUGCAGGAGCACCUGGCCAGGCAGACUCGAGUCCUGGCAGAGCUGAGUGAGGAGCUCCAGAAUAAAUGCAUCCAGCUCAACAAGCUGCAGGAUGUGAUGAAGAACCAGAGCGGAGCCUCAGCUGCUGCAGCUCUUGUUUCCAGGCCGCCAUCAGUGAGAACAUGCGGGAAGAACAGCCCCAACCUUAGCAUUCGCAUCAAGGAAACCCUCAACAGGAGGAAAGGAGCCAAAGCUGGGGUGUCGGCCGAGCCCACUUCCAGGACCUACGACUCCAGCAGCCUGCCAAAGUUCUCCUUUGAGAACGUCCGAGUACCCAAGGAUGCAAGGUGAGGGAAGUUCAAGAACAUUAUGGGGCAGAGGCCUGGCAAGACUUUCCAUAGGAAAAAAACAAACAGAACUUGUUUUACAAGAACUUUUACACCAGUUUUUUUUUCAAGGUUAAGGUGCAACCAUAGACUGUAUGUAGAAUGGAUGCCGUCUGCCUCCUCGCGGGGUGAAGCCACUCCGAGAACAACACCCUCUGUUGAUGGGCUGCAGUAUAGGUCAUAAAUCCCGCCUCCGCCAGCAAAGCUUAUGGGGCUGUGGACAAAUUUUAGAAAUUUAUUACACAGAACAUAAAUUUUUCUCCCCCCUGCUUGCGAUGCUAACAUGUAGUUAUUGUAAGACUGGUUUGUGCUCAAGUCCUCUUUUUUCUGUGAAGCUCCAGUUUUAAAAGUUAUUAGGGGGUUCAUGUUUGCUAUGAUUGACACCUGAUACAGCCUAUGGGCGUUCAGGGAUUGAGUAGCUCUCCCGGGGGGAUACACUGUUUGAGCCGAGCGUCAUCACAGUGACUCUCUGCGACUGCGCGGCCGAAUGCGCACAACGCUACUGCACAGCACUGGUUUCAGGAAAUGAAGAAAAAUCCCGGAAAUACUGAGAGCUUUUUGGCUUCAAAUCCGUAUACAGGCGGUAGGCGGAACCAAGUUGUCCAUAGUAUAUACAGUCUAUGGGUGCAACCUAUAACAAUGAGGGCAUGAGAAAAAGUUACUCAGUGGGUUUGAUUAUUAUUAGAAGGAUGAAACAAAACACAGAAGUACCAAAAACUGCAGUUCCUCCAGUGUCCACAGGGGGCUGUGACCUGCAGUGAGUCAGUCCCCAUAGAGCUUAAUGUUGUCCAACUUUGCAGCAGAGGUGGUUUUAAAAGGUCAGAGAGUAAUGUCCUCCUUUUAAAAAAAACCCACAAAAAACAAGAUUUUGGGCAGAAAGGAAAAAAAAAAGGGGGGUGUUUUCGAGUCAGUCAAACAUUUGUUAAGAUGGUGUCAAAAACACAAUGGCCCUCAUUUAUCAAGCUUGCGUACGGCAGAAAACUUGCGUACAUCUUGCAUACAAAAAUUUUGAUGUGAGGAUCGGCAUUUAUCAAUCUGCACAUGAGGUCUCACGACAGGUCUGACAUCGUGUACACAAGUUUGAGUCAGUGUGGAUCUGCGGUGCAGCAAAUGUCUGUCUCAUAGUAAUUGAUAUACACACCUCAAACCUGUCAUUAAGCACAAUCAGACAGAUUUCAUUAAAGAUUAGGAUGUAAAUAAAAUAAAAUAAAUUUGUUAUGUCCGUAGUGAAAAGACCUAUUUGAUGACUCUGCCCAGAAACACUGCCACAGACCAGAAGCGCUGUUUUAACAUUAUGCGCACGUGCCACUAUGGAGCGCUGCGUUGGAAUCCUAAAAGGCAGGUAGCUCUGUCUUGGCCCAGCAGCGGGGAAGUUUAAGCCAGUACAGUUUUGAAAAAUGUUGCUCUGGCGAAUAGAGUGCUGUUAGCUGUGCCGGUGCAACGUGAGGACCCGAUGCCUGGAGAACAAUAAUGAGGAGAGACUCCACAAAGGUGCUGUACAGAGAAGACAGGACCUUAUCAAUGGAUUCUGACAUGUAAAAUAUAAUUUAGAAUAUAUUUUAUAUAUAUAAUUUAAUAUAAUUUAGAGUGCUAAAUCCAUAAAAAUGUGCCUCAGGGGCAGCAACACACCGUUUGGUUAAUUUAUCAUCAUGAGCAACUCAUUGACUAAUGAUUUAUUCAAAUUUCAGCCAUUGUCCACUAUUCCGCAGCAGCGCUGUUCACCACCACCAUAAUCCUGCUGCAGACAGGAGUUUUCUGGUUUGCUUUUAUACCAGUUUUGAUGCUUCCAAAGAGAAAAUCCUUGUUAGUUUCCACCACAGACGCAAGGAUAUCCAUUUUCAGCUCGGAAAAGUUUCGCAUCUUUCUAAUAUUUCUCCUCUUUCAUGUUUGACCUCAGUGGGUGAGGCUUCUGAACCACGAAUAUUUAAGGGCGUAAACAUGUUAAUGACGAUCGAUUUCAGCCGCCGCAUUUAUCAAAACCCGAUCAUACGUACGCUGGGAUUGGUCAGAUACGAACCCUGUCAUAAAUCUCACGUGUGUCCUAUUGUACGAUAAAUCCUGCUCUCAGAUCUGCGCUCAGAUCUGUGCAAGACUGAUAAAUGAGGGCCAGUGUCUCCAAGUCUGCAGUUCUCUAAGUAUCCAUUAGAGGCCAUUUCACAAAAUAAGUCCAAAUUGAGUUUUUGUGUAUAAACACAAGAAAAGACAGGUGGAAAAAAAAUCACCAAACAGCAACCUCAGGGGCUGAGACAUGAAGCUGACAAUAAAGUCACUGAAACUGCAGUUCCCAGAGUCUCUACUGGAGUGAGUCAGUCCCCAUAGAGUCCCAUGUUAAAACGUCCAAGUGUACCUCAGAAAUGAACCUGUUUAAAACCACUAAAGGUGGUUUCAGAGCAUAGCAACAGUGAGGUUGUUUGGGUUGAAAGACUUGUUGAGCCUGAUCAAGAUAGAAAAGGUUUUUAGUCCCCAGAGGCUCAGUCUGUCUGAUUUCAGCAGACAAGUGAUCAAAACACAGAGUGAUGUUUGGUGGAUGGAGGUGAAGGAAGCAAAGAUUUGGAUGAAAUAAUCAGUCACAGAACAAAACCACACUCAGUGUUUUAGCUACUGGUGACCCACUUCCACUUACUGUUGGCGUCACAAAAUAAAUCAAUAAGGAGUAAAGAGUUUUGAUCUGUUGAUAGAGGGCAUCCUGUGUGCAGAAUACAGUGCUCAUCCCGUCAACACAGACCUGAUCUCUGACCUGAAGCCAUUUACUGAAUGUCAGCCCACUCCCUCCUCCAAAUGUUCCCCUGUUGGAAUAAAAAAUAGAUAAAUAAAUUAAAAGCAAAACAAAACAAAAUAUGUAAAAUUUAAAUAUAAAUAACAUGAGAAAUAUGGUACAGUAAUCUUUAUGAUCUCCAUUCAUCAAUUUCCAUGAAUUUAAUGGCAGGCUUCAGUUCCUUAUUGAAUAAGUGGUUUUCUAUGUCUGCAUGUCUGUAAAGUUUUCCAUUUGUGUGACACUUAACUUUAAAAGUCCCCGUCCUCGAGGCAGCAGACCUCAAUCCUCUGAAGACUGCACAGGGGUGCUGCUGGGUCAUUUCUUUUUCAUUUAACUCAGUUGGGCUCUGGCAUUAUCUCCCUGGCCUGAAAUCAUGACCCUGAGAGCUCCUACCUUUCUACCUGCAUAUAUGUAAUGGCAGGGCCUGAGGCAGGGAGAGCAGUGGCAAAGACCCCCAAACAGAUCAGAGCAACAUCGGUAGUUCAAUCCGUACAACCCAGGUCAAAUUAAGCACGGCAGUCAACUGAGGAGCUGAGGUGGAGGAGGGUUGCAAAGUGGUUAGCAGAUGAAGCAGGAAGAGGAGACUGCAAUAUCAAAGUCAACUGAAUGACUUUUGUUUCAGCAUUUUGAUAUGAGAAAGGUCAUCAGCUGGGUAGUCAGCUGAUAUGGGUUUAGUUAGGAUCAGCUGAUAUGUGGGCUGAGCCGGACUUUCUGGUCCUGAACUAACAUUGUGCUCAGCUCUUUGAAUGUAUCAGAGUGAUUUUCACACUCAGACUGAUGAGCUGUUUCUGACCAAACUUGAUUUCAAACAUCCUAAAGCACCAGUGAGUUCAGCUUGUGAAUCAUUUGUCCUUUCCCUAAAUGUACCUAGAACACUCAAACAUCCAUAAUCAUCUAAAAACCUUGGUUUGAAGACUUUUCUUCUCUCUUCUAAUAUGAGUUUGGACAAAUAUGGAUCUCUACACCUCCAUCAGAAGAAACCCGAGGACAAAGCUUGUUCACAUAUGCACCCUGUCAGCUCAAAUUCCAGACUUCCUGUUGGGUUAAGGGUAAGGAUUGAACUUUUGCUUGGUCUUGGUACAUUUACCCAACAAAAAUCAAGCAUGUAGGUGGACCCUGACCCUCUGAUGGUAAACACAAUUAAACAACAAUGAUUAAACUAUUUCAUGACACAAAUGUUGACAUAUUUGAAUAUAGGCCUGUUCAAACCACUUUUGGGCAAUCAGACACAUUUUCAUCCCCUCUAUUCUUUCACCCAGUCAAUAAACUAUAGGCCUACUGUCAUUCAGUGGAAACUCUGUCUGGUUCUCAUCCACCAAACAUAUGUAACUAUCAAGCCUGGCAGUGAUGACUGAACGUAAAGCUGUGUGAAUGUGGCAGUCUGGUCUCCACAGAUGGCUCCUGUGUAUCAGAAAGUCCUGGUCUGUGAGGGACAGAGAUAUGCCGCUCAGGGCUGAAUGAGAAGCAGCAGAAAUCCUCUGCUCUGGUUUGAUGAAGCCUAAAGGGAUCCUUUAUCAGGCUGGAUCAGGUGGAUAAACAGACCACCCACCAGCUGCAGGGUCUCUCCUGAUCCAGCAUUCAGCCCUGACUCCUAACAUUUUCACUGUAAAACUCCUUAUAAGAGGAGUCGUCUUCUUCUCUCUGCAGCUGUUCAAAAUCUGACAUCGCUGCCCCACUUUCUGUUCUCACUGUUUCACUCGAUCCAUUGUGUGAGGAGCACAGAGGCUGCAAACAGUCAUCUUUUCACAGGAGACUCAAUAUAUUUAUCUAACAGACUGAAGGUGUGGUGAGUAAUGUGGAGGAGGGUGACAGGGCGGACCAAUGGAUUCUUCAGCAUCCGAUGAAGACCAAGGCACAAAUCUGUCACAAUUAAAGAGUCAAACAGCAAGUUUACACAAAGUUUAGCAUGAACCUGUAAGGUUCCAGACAUGGUUCUUCAAACCACAUCAGAAAUUGACUUCUAUUUUUAGGUGUAUCGCAAAAAGGAAAAGGAAAAAAGUUAGCUGUUAAAAUAGGGUGUAAUGACAUAUUUUGGUUUAAUAAUAGAAAAAUACACUUUUCAAAACCAACCUGUUCCUAAAUACCAAAAACCGAACACUGCCUAACCUGGGAAUUCCAACGCAUGCCAUUCCGCUCCACUCCAGACCGGCAGAUGGAUUAAAUACGCAAACAUACAGCGCCCACCGGAUCUGAUCUGCUGCAGCAAGCAGAGGAGAAGCGCUUGCGAUAUUACCUGAUAUUUCUUACAAGACUUGACGAGAUCUCAUAAGAUCUCGCGUGUUUCAAAAUGAAACACUGAAUGAGAUCAGUGGUGUAUAUAAACACCCACAUCCCACAACCAUUGCCCUUCCCAUUAUCACAUGAAGAACAGUUUAAUGUAUUGACAAUUUUAUUUUGAAAAUUAGCCGAAUACUUUACUCUGUAGCUGCAUACAACCUUGCUGACGUUUGUGCUGCGCUGUACUGGAUUAAUGCGCUGUGUUUUGGCGUCUGGCAAAAAAAGAAGCCCUGCGUAACUGAUCCGACCACUGGAGCUGAUCUGCAGUGGAGCACAUAAUCAUGCACAUUGAUUAUAAUACUUACAUAUUUGAUCCACCUGCCACUCCAAAGCGGAGCGCAGCCGUUCUGUAUCCUGUGCGAUUUAGCCAAUAGUUUUGCAGGAAGUCAAGCUCUGCCUACAGUGCAUCAGCUGAUCUAAACCCCACCCACAUCAGCUGACAGUUCAGCUGAUUUUCAUCUAUCAUCAAAUUAUCAACUAUGAAACCAGUCUUACUUUUAGAACAUCUUGGUCCUGCUGACUCCUCUUGCGAUGUCUGAUUUUACCAGGGUCCUACUGACUGUUACUGAACUGUUCUGGACCCUAGGGGUCUUUGCUGCUGCUCUCCUCCCAGCCUUCAUUUUUCAUGUGAGCACACAAAACUGAGGCUGUGGCUCCCUGCAAUGUUUAGAGAAGGAAUGUCGAAAUCAUUUUUUAAAUUGUUAAUCUAAUUAAGCCUUAGUUAGCCAGGUAGCAGAUGUAGGUAAAGUUAUAAUCUUUUACAUUUCCCCUCCUCUUCCUUUGUGACAGUGUGAAGAAGCUGCUGUCUGAUGCCCUGAAUAAGAACCAGUACCUGCGCAGGUUGGAGCAGCAGCAGAUCAAAGACAUGGUGGAGUGCAUGUACGAGUGCACAUACCAGCAGGGGGAGUAUGUCAUCAUGCAGGGAGAGCCCGGGAACCACCUGUUUGUCCUGGCAGGUACCAUCAGCCUCAUAUCUGCACACUAUUUGUUCUGUUGACUCUGUGCUGUGAACAGAAGCAGCAGCAUGUGCAGCUAUGCUACUUCAAAGUUGCUAUAAUUAUUGCUGCAGUUGAUUUGCAUGUUUGAGGAUAAUGAUAUAAUGUCCAAUCAGCGCUCUGCGUCAACAACAAAUGUCAAGUUUUUUCCUGUUGACUCGAGGAAGUUUAUCCAUCUACAGAAUCUGAACUACAACAUCACAAACAUCACUUUCAAAGUAACCAAUCAACCAAGUUUUUCAGAUGACCACAUGUCCUCCACACAAUGACUGGACUCUAUCCAGUGUUAAUCAUCCAUUCACUGACCAACUGUGUCACAGAGACUGAACAGCCUGCAGCAGGUCGCCAUGCACAGUGAUGUGGAGUCAGUGUAAUAAAUGAUCAGGCAUGUCCAAAUAUAAGCAGAAAAACUCCUGUCUGUGUGGAAACAAUCAGACUGAAUAUGAAGUGUGUGAUGUGAUUCACACUAAUCUGAGUCCAAAGCAGCAUUUGCUCAUCAAACUGAGGGUGUCUAAUGAUUACUAAUGUUAAUGAAAUCAUCAUACAGACAUCAGGGGCAGUGAUUUGAUCUCAGUAAUGAAAUCAUUAAGCAGAGGGGUGAUUUGUGAUUCGUGCAGAGAGCGGGUUCACUUCAGGAUCACAGACACAGACAAACAGCGGGUAUAAGGGAGAACUGAAAGAAGGAAUGAGGGCGUCUAAUCUGGAACUAUAUUAGGGGUUUAGUAACUCAGCAAAGGCUGCUCAAGGUUAGAGACCACUACAACAGGAGUUAUAAGGAGAAAUAUUUAUGAUGCAGCUCAACUUUCAAAAAGUCAGGACAGUGAGUUAAAUGUGAAAAGAUCAUUGAAAAUGUUACUGCUGUGUGAAAUAUGUCAGUUUAUAGUAAAUUUGAUUCCAGCAGCACGUUAGAGACUGCGUGAGCUAAUCGUUCAACAGUUUCAGAAUUAUCUUGUUGAGUGUCAAAUGUGAAAGAAGGAGUUCAACGUUUCAUCAUCUACAGAAUAUAAUAUCAUUCAAAGAUUCAGAGAAUCUGGAGAAAUCUCUGUAAUAAAGAGACAAAGACCAAAACCAAGACUGGAUGGUUCUGAUCUUCAGGCCCUCAGGCAGCACUGCAUCAAAAACAGACAGGACUCUGGAGUAGAAAUCACUGCUUAUCCUGUGGAGGACAUGGAGGACUUGUGUCCGCAUCGUCAGCCCAGCUAAAAUGGACAGGCCAGAGCUAGCGGUGUAAGCAUGUCCUUCACAAACAGAGAGUGGCAAGAGUCCUUGCCAAAGUGGUUGCUGGUUACAACCCCUUGCUGCAUGUCUGCAUGCGACAUCUGCUGCCAUCUAGACAAAGACUUUUUCAGGGAAGACCUUCAUAUUUCAGGAAGACAUUGACAAUCCACAUUCUGACAACAGGGACAACAGCAUGGCUCUGUAGUAGAAGAGUCACGCUGAGGAACUGGUGUGCCUGCAGUCCUGACCUAUUUCCCAUUGAAAACAUUUGGAGCAUCAUGACACCAAAAACAGGACAAAGGAGACCCUUUCCCACUGUUUCUUAGAUCCACAAGCUCUUUUCAACCCUAACUAGCACGUCAUCUCAUCCUGAACACAUUUAGAAACAGGUUAUUUGUCCUAAAAUCACUCUGUAGAUGAAUGUUUUUGAGAUGAGAUUCUGUUUCCUGUGCCGUCAUGUCUGUGUCCUGAAUCUGAGAAUAAAAGCACGUAUUGAUUGUCCUUGUUUCAUAUUUGCAGAUGGGAAGCUGGACGUGUUUCAACACAACAAACUGCUCACAUCGAUAACAGUCUGGACCACGUUUGGAGAAUUAGCCAUUCUGUACAACUGCACACGGACAGCGUCAGUCAGAGGUACAUGGUUUUAUGUUCAGACAGUGAGAAUUGAAAGCAUCUCAGGACUCAGGUUGUACAUGUAUUCAGAGUUAUAGGCAGGAAGUCUGUCAGGAAGUCUGAGAUCGACUCACUGAUGGCUGCAGGAAGUGGAUCUGUGACCUUGUAGCAGACAUGAUCAAAUGUCUUAUUUCUCCAGCUGUAGCUCCUCCCCCUCAGGUUGUUAAGUCCUCAUUCACAGAUCAGGGUCUAAAGACUGUCUCUCUCACAUAUUCAGCAAAAAGCUGUGCAGGAUGGAGCAAAAAGACAAGAUGGUGCAGGACUCUGUCAGCAAGUUUCUUUCUGAAGUCCUGGGAAAUCAAAGCCUCACAAAUGUCUCUGUCAGCUCUGUAUUUAAAGGACAGACUGGGAUCCUCCCUCAGAGGAGCUGACAGCCAAUAAGAUCAAAGUGAGACAAAACUGUGAGCACAAGCCUGCAUGUUGUCCUCAAGGAGCUUACCUCGGUGCAGACGUGCAUCAGAUGAACUCAUUUGCGUUCAUUCAAGACAGUAGCUCAUGGAGAAGCAGCAUAAAGAUUUGAUGCAAAUGAAGGGAUAGAUGAAUCUCAAAUGAAGAAAAGAUUCAGCAUGGAUGCAAGUUAUGAAAAGAAAGAGAGCACAACAGCAUCAUUUCUAUAUACGACAAAGUUUAGAGAUGAGAAGUUAGUGACAGACUUCUUCAAACAUCCUGAGGUCUGUCCAGAAAAGUCCAAACAUCUGAGAAACAAGCUGCAUGUAGGAUGAUCAUGUUUGGGUGAGAAACUAAAGUGGUUAAAGUGGUUUAAAAGGUGAUGCUGAUGCUUCUGCAUGACCAUCAAAACCAAACAUAACCAUCACCAUGAGCAGGCUGGUCAUUUCUCUGAGGUCAUUUUCAAUGCCUGAAACUGUCAGACCAGAUGAUGGUCAGCAGGCUGAGGAAAACAGGCUUUGAAGUUUCUCUGCAUGUUGACAUUUUUUUCAGCUCACUCAUCUUCUACUGCUCUAUGAUCAGAGGCUGAUGGCAUACUCCCUCCUUCUAUUUAUGUGGCCCAUUAGAAAAUACUCUAUCCUCUUUAGUGCUCUGACCUCCAGCUCACAGCUCACCUGAUAGCAAGGCUGCAGACUCACGGAGGCCAUUGGACACAGGUAAACAAGCUCAGCACAGGUGUGUUGACAAAGGCUCUACAUAAUGUCCACAGCUCUGCAUCCCAAUUGGUGCUCGGGGUUUUGAAGUGCAUACCAUGUUCUCGGUGACAGCUGGAGGAGGGACUGAGCUGACCUGACAUUCAGGGUGAUCUGGAGAAAAUGAGGAGUCGCUCUGAGAGCGUCAGGAGAAGCUGGUCCUGUUAUAUCCUCUCUCUGCAAACAGGAGCUCCUCUCAGAGUUUCUGUAGAUUUAAAGUGACUCUCUGUCAGGAUGGAUGGCAGAUUACACAGGUUUUCUGCUCUCCUUUGUUUGUCUGACAGAUUGAAGUCUCUCCUUAAUGCUGAUAGAGGCUUUAAUUAAACCCCAGGAUAGGGGAGCGAUAAGAGAGGAGAGGAAAUGUGUUCACCUCUCUGUUUAAACAUGGGGGAAAUAUUCAAAACAGCUGUGGCCUCUUCAGUGUCAACCGAGCAGAGCUACAGGUCAAUUAGUUGUACUCUGAAAGGUCAGACUUUUUUAUGAUGGGGAUGAUGUUUUUUUCAGCGUUAAAUAAAGUGAAGACGUGGGCUCUGGACCGAGAGGUGUUUCAGAACAUCAUGAGGAGGACAGCUGAGACACGACAGGAACAGUACCGCAACUUUCUGCGAAGGUUAGCACAAAAACACGACCAAUGAGCAAAUUCUGCCCAGUUAUCUCUGUUUCUUUGACAGACUGUUUUUGUGACUGAAGCCUUGAACUGAUUUGAUUUUUUUAUGACUGUUUUUAACACUGAAGCACUUUGUUACUUGUUUUUGGAAAGUGCUGUACAAAUGGUUUUAAUUGUUAAAAAAAUAUCAAGAAAAUGCAGUAUUUGUUUUGGGAAUAAAUCAACUAAAAAGAACAUUUCCUCAUGGACUUCUUUACAAUCUGGAUUAUUUCUGCCCCCUGCUGGACAUAAGGGGGACCCCACAUGCAGGUACAAAGUAUACUCCGUAAAACAAUGCACAGGAGACAGAAUGAGAUCUGAAGAGCAGCCUGGUCUUUAUUGUACGAUCAGAACAGAUCACAAACAUAGUCUUGAUCAGACCAAAGGAGAGUAGCCCCAAAUACAUGUGUGUUACUGUGUAGUACCUCUGUAUGCCUCUAAUUAAUGUGUGUGUGUGUGUGUGUGUGUGUGUGUGUGUGUGUGUGUGUGUGUGUGUGUGUGUGUGUGUGUGUGUGUGUGUGAAUUUGAAAAGCAGGAUUUGAAAUUGAAAUAAUUUUUUUUAAACUAAAUUUAUUUGCUCUGAAAUUGUAUUAAAUUUUCUAUUUGAAAAUUCAACUCUCUAUUUUCCUUAAAUUAAAAGAUAAUAGAUUCAAUUUCAGUUUGCAAAAUUCAGAUUCAUUUUUGUAAUUCACUUUCAGUUCAGCGUGGCACAGCCAUUACAUCAUCGAGAGCAGAUAAAUUCAGUUUCAAACUUCAAUUUCAAAUCAAGUAAAAUCAGUUUCCAUUAUUUAUUCCUAUUUCAAAUCCUGCCUCUCAAAUUUAAUUUGGUUGUUUAAUUUCAGUCUCUAGUGGCUCAAAUCUCAGUCCAUAAAAAUGGACCUCAGAAACAGUCCAGGUUGGGUCUAGAUCACAUCAUUUUUGGUUUAUGUGCCCCGGUGCAGAACUCGAAAAAGGAAGCUGUUUUGAUGUUUGAAGCAAUAAAUUAUAUAAUAAUGCUCAUGCAUGUGUGUUUUGUCUUCUCUGUCAGUGUGUCUCUCUUGGCUAAUCUACCCGAGGACAAACUCAGCAAAAUUGUGGACUGCCUGGAGGUGGUAAGUGAUUCUGUCAGUCCAUCCACAUGUCUGCAGGGGGACACUGACUUCUCAUUGUAAUGCUCAGCCCUCCUGACGUUGCAGAUAGCUGCUGUCCAAAUAUCAUUACCAUUUAGCCGUAUAUCAUUACUGCACGUCAGCGUAUUCUGUCCAGCUCAAGUCAGCAAGAGCUCAAAAAUUACAGCUCUGCUGAACGGAGGCCAUAUUAUUCAUGUCACUGCUACCAGCUGUAUAUGGUUACCAUGAUUAUUUGAACAAAGCCCCAGAAAGUGUUUAUUCAAAGAGGGGAUGAGUGAUUUCUCAAAAGUGCAUGAGUGACAGGUGUGUGUGUGUGUGUGUGUGUGUGUGUGUGUGUGUGUGUGUGUGUGUGUGUGUGUGUGUGUGUGUGUGUGUGCAGAAACAUACAGGAGGACAGCUGCAGCUCUCAUCCUGUUUCAUCAGAAAAAGAGAAAACGCAGCUUUGAUGCCUGAGCGUGGGCUGUGUGAGGGUGUUUGUACCUGGUUUUCCAUAUUCUCCAUCAGGUGUCAGUCUGAUCUGUUUGACUGUAAUUUCAACUGUAAAGCUGUAAAGACUCAGGACUCCAUCUGAACUGUCUUUAAAGCACAGUCCAGGAAUGUGGUGCAGAGUGAGUCCUGGAAUCAGGGUAGGGUCCAGGUGAAGGCCUCAUCACUGAGGUCCUUCACUCUGGUCACCACAGGUUAUAAAACAGAGGACAGACAAAGAAGAAGUAGCUGCUGCUUAUGAGCUAGCUUUUUAUCCCUCUGAGAAACACUCAGACACUAGACAUAAGAUCAACAUUGACCCUCUUCAGUUACUUCAGUGUAACUUCCAUGUAGCUUUGAAAGGACAUGGCGGUGCAGCAGUCCGGUUACCCCAGAAUCUUUUUGUCACGUUUUUUGAAGCAGAUAUCAGUGCUUCAGUAAAAACAGGUUGACUCAACUCUCUGCUGUCUAUCAAUAUUGGACUGUAAAUGAUAUAUUUCUCCAAAAAUCAGGAUAAACUGGAAGUGUUGAGGAUUUCUUCACUUUCUGUCCUCAGAUAUCAGCGCCCUGACACUAAGAAUGAUUUGAAGUGACAUCUGUCAUUUUUUCUUCUGCCUCUUCAAUUGUUCAUGCGUCUUUGUGUCACGGCUGAUAUCUCAAGGGCUACCUGAAGGCAGCACAGUGCCUUCGAGGACAGCUGGUCCAACUGAGACUGAGGUGGCCUUCAAACCUGGAUCAGUCUUCCUCUUGUUUUUGUUUUUCUGUCAGUAGAUUUAGAACAACACACACUCUCAGACACACACACUCGGAUACUGUCGAGACUGUAGAUCUGUAGAGUACUCCCUGAGUCCUCGUCCUGCUCUGUUAAGUAUUGUUAUAAUGUGACUGAACUCCCCUGGAACAUAAUACAGCCAAAGAGCAACUGCCAACAGUUCAAUAUCUGGACAACACAACUUCUCCUCAUUCUUCAGCAAUUGUUCUUACAGCGGUCAGUGAACUGUUGGACCCCCAGACCCCACUUUUAUUAUCUGUGCUUUGAUAUGUUGAAAUGAACCCUUCGCUCUGGGUACCAGGGGUUUAAAAACUGAUCCAGUUCUGUAAUCACCAGACUGUCUUCUGGUAAGGUUUCCAAACUAAAACUAAAACUGUUUUAACUUCUCAUUAUUUCUGAUGGGCUGAAACUAAGUCUGCUGAGAAAAUCCUUUUUUUAUCACAGAAAAACAAGAUGGUCUUCAAAGUGAAGGAUGGCGUCAGGAUAAGAAAAGCUCUGACAGACGUUUAAGUGCCAUAAUUAACACAAACUAUUGAGCUACAAUUACUUUAUGUUUUAUAGAUCCUUCAAUCCCUGCUAUUCAUCUGUAGCAGCAGGUUGAUCCUGUGGACCACAGAGAGCAUUGAUGUCUGAACUGAUACUCUGACGCGCGGGAAGCUGCUACCAGGAAUCAGGCAGGUCAAUCCUGAGAUCAAUAACAUGCUUCACUCUGACUGUCCCCCCCCCAUUAGGAAUACUACGACAAAGGAGAGUAUGUCAUCCGGGAGGGAGAGGAGGGAAGCACCUUCUACAUCAUUGCUCAGGGGAAGGUAACUUUAAACUUUAUUAUUCUGACAGUCACUGAGCUCCACCCUUGGACAUCCAUCUGUAUCUGCACUAGGCUCAACCCUGUCUCAAACUAACCUGUCUCAAAGAUUGCAGUUUCACUUCAGUCUGAUGGUCUGAUUAGUCAGAAACUCAACACAGAGGAGACGGAUAGGGGCUGAGGGUCCACGUGGGACUCUAAAACUCCAUUAUAGCCCCCCCUCUGUCCUUCUACACUGAGCUCACUCAACCAGAGACAUACAUGUGGUUAUGGGGGAGGAGAGGACUAAUGCAGGAAAUACCUUCCUCAGACCCUCAGACCAGAGACCAGGAGGCACUCUGAGAGCAGCUGCCACUAGGAAAGCAGGGGAAGUGUAGGUCAAAAGUCAGUCUUAGCUAAAAAACAACACAGUGUUAUGGCUAUGAUGUCACUGCAGUAUUUCUCCAUUAGGAUUGAGCCAUCGAAGGGUGGUGACCUUGACCAGGGUGGGCUGCUGGUUUUUAAAGCCCCACAAAUGAAGAGGAAGUUUUACAAUCUGCAGAGACCUGAAGGACACGGAUAAACCUGCAGCUCAGAGGCUGAAGCUCUGAUAAUAAAUGGUCCAGGGCAGGAAGAUAACAGCAGCCACAUGUCAUAUUUACUUUCAUACUUUAUCUUCUUACAGGAACUAUCAAAGUAGUAAUGACAAAAAAAGUUGAGAGAGAUUUAAAAAAAGUUUGAGGAGAAAAAAAAUGUUGAAAUGAGGAACAUGAAAGAUUUAUCUGACUGUGUUCACAGGUGAAGGUGACCCAGACCACUGAAGACCACAAGCUUCCCCAGACCAUCAACACUCUGCAGAAGGGAGACUACUUUGGAGAGAAAGCUCUGAUCAGGUAAAGAAGAGAGAGAGAUAUAUUUUUUUUUAUUUUUGAAUCUACUUUAUUUCUCGCUCUUUUUUCAAAAAAGAGGUCAAUUCAUAUAAUCAAUCACACAGAGUCAAAAAAUAGAUAAAUAAAUAAAUAAAAAUUACAUGAGCACAUCUUCAAACUGUAAAAUAUUUCCUGCUAUUGAACACAACACCUGAUUAAAACCCCAAACCUGCUGGAAUGAGUCCAGAUCUCCUCCUGCUUUAUGGAAAUUAAAAUCGAUGAGGAGUCUGGACUUGAUCAUGUUCUUACAGACAGUGACUGGAUCAACAAUAAAACCAUCCUCCACCUUCCUCCUGCGGCUAAAAUACACUGCCAUCUUGGCCUGCCCUAAAACAAAGUUUAAAAGCUGGCACUUGUUCUUGUGUUGGCGUGUGUAUUUAAAACCCAGAAUAAAAACCCGCUUGUUAAAAACCUCUCCACACUUGGUAAAAACAGUUUGUAAAAACAGAAACAAGGGUAAAAGACUCUCUCUGUGGGCAGGUUAAUGUGCGAUAUAAAAGAGUACACUGCUAUGACCCCAUGGAGGACUCUCCAGUGCACAUCCGCAUGUCUCUUCGAGAGUGGAGGUUUAUAGAAGGCCCUCCACUCAGGCCUGGCCUCAGGAGCCAGGCUCAGAUAGGUCCUCCAUGGGGUGUCAGGUCUUUGGUUCAGUUUUUUCCUGUUUAUUGUUUUCACCAAGAUGUUAUAAAAGGUUUUCCCAGUUGUGCCCUCCAAAGGGGCGGGGUGGUUAAAAUCCAACAGCGGGCCAGAACAGUCUUUAAAAUCCGGUGCCAGGAAGAUGGCAGGAAAGGGGUUUUCUUCGUUCACGGUCUGGGUAAAAGGGGAGUUUAAAAGCAGGCGGUCGUGUCCUGUGAGUCUCUGUCUCCAGUGCUCUAUGAGUUUUUGGGUGACCCUCAUCGAUAAAAGUCCCAGCCGGGCAGUGAGUCCAGAGGGGUCGUCCAUUCGGGGUCCCGUCAGAUCCACCACCUGCCCCAGAGUGACGAUCCCCGCUGUCUGCAGUUUUUCCUCUAGACUCUGUCCUGCCCAGCUGGGAAGGUCCAGACGGGUCCCCCAUAGGACUGGUUCCUGCAGGAGCCAGUAUAUAGAGUCCACCUGGCCCCUCCUCUCCUUCCUCAGCAGGCCCCAGACCUUAAAAACACUUUGAUAAAAAGCAGGUAGAGAAGAUGUGCUCAUGUUCUGUGUGUUCAUUAAAAACAAAUUAAAAUCCUGACCCAGGCUGUUAAAACCCUGCAGAAUGCAGCGGGACAGGGGCCUCCACAGAGUGUCCUUCGGCCCCAUCAGCAGCCUUUGAAUGAAUUGGAGCCUGAAGGCUGCGCCCCUGCUGGCCAGGUGGACCAGGCCCUGGCCCCCCUCCUCUUUUGGUAAAAACAGGACACUCUGCCGGUCCUCAGACUUUCUGUCAUGACCUCUAGCAGGUCUGGUCCUAUGAUGGACCAGAAGGACUUGUAAAAGUCAGCAGGAAGAUGAGACCAGAUUAUUUGCGAUUAAGGUUCGGCCUCUGUACGACAUUUUAGGGAGUAGCCACUUCCACUUCUCCAGCCGACCUUUAACCUGCUCUAGGACAUUGUCCCAGUUUUUCUGUUUGUAGGUCUCAUCUCCUAGGAAGACCCCAAGGUACCGGAGUCCUCCUUUUUUCCACUGUAGGCCCCCGGGCAGCCUGAGCCGGCCCCCCAACUCCCCUCCAGCCAUCAGAGCCUCGCUUUUCCCCCAGUUCACCCUAGCUGAGGAGAUAAAACCAAAGUCAUGAACAGUGUCAGUUAAAAUGUCGAUGUCUCUUUGUGUUUUUACUAAAACAAUAAGAUCGUCAGCGUAUACAGACAGUUUAAAAGACACAAGGCACCGGGGGAAACUCACACCACUUAGUUUGUCUCUCAGAUUGUGAAGCAGAGGCUCGAUGGCAACUGAAUAUAACAUCCCAGAGAGAGAGCAGCCCUGCCUCACCCCUCUCUGGAUCUCGAAUGGUGCACUCAGCCCGCCGUUAAUUUUCAGAACACUCGCAAUGUCACUGUAGAGAACCCGGACCAUGGCUAUGAACCCAGGGUUGAACCCAAAGGCAGCCAGAGUCUGCCACAGGUACUGAUGUUCAACCCGGUCAAAAUCCUUUUCCUGAUCUAUGGAAAUAAGACCAGUCUCUAUACCCAAUGAACUGGAGAGCUCCAAAAUGUCUCGAAUUAAAGUGACGUUGUCACUGAUGAGCCUGCCAGGCACACAGUAGGUCUGGUCAGGGUGGAUGAUGGACACCAUCACCUCCCUCAGUCUGAGGGUCAGAGCCUUGGACAGGAUCUUAUAAUCCGUGCACAGCAGGGAGACUGGUCUCCAGUUUUUCAGCUCCUGCAGGUCUCCCUUCUUGGGCAGCAGGGUGAUGACGGCCCUCCUGCAGCUCAGAGGUAGCCUGCCGGUCCUCAGACUUUCUGUCAUGACCUCUAGCAGGUCUGGUCCUAUGAUGGACCAGAAGGACUUGUAAAAGUCAGCAGGAAGGCCGUCUAUGCCUGGAGCUCUGCCGCUCUGCAGGCUCAUGGUGGCUGCUUGGAGCUCCUGCAGCGUCACCUCUGCUGCCAGUCUGUUAUUUUCAGCCUCACUGACCUGAGGGAGACCCGCCAGGAAGUUGCUGUGCACUUCUGGAUUAUGCGACCACUCACUCUUAAAGAGGUUUCUGUAGUAGUUGGCAGCAAACUUCCUGAUCUCAGACGAGUCUGAGACUUCGGAGCUGCAACCCGUUUGUAAACAGUGAAUGGUCUUCCUUUGUCCAUUUUUAUGCUCCAACCCAAAGAAGAAGCGAGAUGGGGCGUCCAUCUGUGUGAUGUUCAUGAAACGAGACCUGACCAGAGCCCCCUGUGCUGAGACGCCUAGCAGGUUGGCUAAUGCCAACUUUUUGGACUUGAGGGAGUCUAAAAGCCCUCGAUUUCCUGUAGAGUCUGCAGUAGUCUGCAGCUCUACCACCUGCGACUCCAGGUCUUUCAUGGACCGAGCUAAGUCUGUAGUGACACCGCGAGUGAACUGCUGGCUGAGCUGUUUUAUCUGGGCUUUCCCAAAAUCCCACCACUGUUGUAUGUUAGUGAAGGCAGGCCUGCUCUCUCUGUGGGAUUCCCAAAAAACCCUAAAAGCAGUUGUAAAAGCCUGGUCAGAUAAAAGGGCUGUGUUAAAAUGCCAAUAGGCGCUCUUUAAACGAAUGUUUUUGAUAAAAACACGACAGGAGACUAAAAAAUGAUCCGUAAAACCAACUGGCAGCAUAAAACACCUUUUAAAAAUGUUUAAAUGGUGUUUAAAACAAUAAAAGCGGUCCAGUCUGGCUAGAGUUAAAACCCCCUCCCUACUGUGACUCCAGGUGAACUGUCUGUGCUGACUGUUAAAAACCCUCCACACAUCAUUCAGCUCCUGACUCUCUGUCAGCCGCCGGAGUAUGUGUGAUGAGGGUGGGUGUGGCUCAGGAUGGUUCCUGUCCAGGGAUGGAUCAGCUGCAGUUAAAAUCUCCCCCUAAAAACAUAAAACCAUCGUUCUCACAGUCCCUAACACAGUCCUUUAAAAUGUCUAAAAAUGCUAUACGCUCCACAGCAUUGGUAGGAGCAUAGACAUUUAAAAACACACAUUUUACAUUCUCAAAGACAGCUUUUACCUUCAAUAAAACACCUGGGAUGAUCUCAUGGACAGUAAAAGAAAAGGGUAAAAAACUCUGUGCAAAUAAAAUCCCCACCCCUCCGCUCAGACUGGACUUGUGGCUUAAAACUACCUCCCCGUUAAAAGCCCUCUUCCAAUCACUCUCGUUAUCUAAGCUGCUGUGGGUUUCUUGGACAAAAUUGAUAUCUAUUCUUUUGGUCUCCAUCAAUUUAAAAAGAGCGGCGCGUUUAAAAUCAGCCCUGGCUCCGUUCAGGUUUAAGGUGCUGAUAUUAAAAUCACACAUGGAUAAAAAAUAAAAAACACUCAGGAGAACAGUCAGUGAAGGGUAAAAGCAUCUAAAACUCAUCCUCAUCACUGAUGAAUUGCUCUUUUACCCUCCCUAAAACCUUUUUGAGUCUGAAGACCUCUUGUUCUGUUAAAACCUCCUCCCCAUGGCUCUUCCUGGUGAGGGGUCUGGCUGACCUCAUAAAAGAGCGCAGGUCUGGGAAAUACUCUCUUACAUUGGGCAGCCUGGAGCCUUUAAUCUGUGUUAGGAAAGUUUUGAUCUGAGCCGGGGAGUAAGGCGACUGAGAGUCCUGGGUAAAAGAGAAGUCACUCUCUGACUCUGGGGUCUUCCUCAUAAUCGGUUUUCUCGUUUUUUUGUUCUUUUUAACAGACACAAUAUUUUUCCUUUUUUGAGACACUUUAAGAAGUUCAUCAUCUGACAUGCCUUCCUCCAUGAAAUCAUCGCUAUUCACUUUUCUCAUGCUCUCGUCUGCCGAGUCUGAAAGCAUGAGCUCUUCUCGCUCCGAGCAGCCCUCAGCAACCGGAGGAACCGAGACUGUGGAGGGCCCCUCCUGAGCAGGACUGACCGAUUCUACUGCUGUGACCCCGGUCACAGCAGCAACACUCAACUCUUCCCCCGCGGCCGCAGCGGCAGGCGGCCCCCCCACGACGGCAGCGGCCUCCGCGGCGGGCGGACCCCCCCCCCCGGCCGCAGCGGCCCCAGCGCCCCCCCCCCCCCCCCCAGCAGCAGCGGCAGCCGGCCGCUGUGCUCCCUCCUUCUCCGGCCAGGAGCGAAUCAGGUGCCCUUCUGCACCACAACUAAAACACUUCAUCGUUUCUGACGUCCUUCAGGAUCAUGUACACCUGUCUCCUGUGACACACUACGUGCUUCAGUUUUGGGGAUUUACAGCCCAGAGAGACCAUUUUUAUCGGUGACAUCACUUGUCCGUACCUGGAUAGUUCUUUCGCCAGGGUUUCAUUUUUGAUAAACGGGGGGGCAUUAGAGAUGGUAACUUUCGUGGCCGGGCAAACGAGGGGGGAGACCGGAGUGAAGGUGUCGUGAAUCACUACUCCUUUCUCCACCACCUCGUUAACCAGCACCGUACUGCUUAAAAAAAUCACAAUAGCCCCGUUCAUCCGUGAGGCAGACUUCACUGAGUCGUACCCGACCACCUCUCCUCCAGCCAGGCUGGCUUCCUCCACCGAGCACUGCACCGCGGGGUUAAGCUUUAUCGCAUGCCGGCGAGUCAGCUUUUCAAACUCGGCGGCUGCAGCCUCUGCUACCGGCAUUGUGCUGUUAGCACGCCGCCCACCAAACCAAAGCAAUCACACACAUAACAAACCACAACUCUCUCAACACUAAAUAAUAGACAAACAACUCAUAAACACACUCACACUAAAAGAAAAGAGAAAUAAAGUCUCAAAAACUCACAAAAUUUGAAUCGAAGUUCGAUUCGCUCUCAGCUCUCAGCACUCACACGCCAUCUCACUCAGAGAGAGAGAGAGAGAGAGCGAGAGAGAGAACAAUUUUGAUAAAACUGUCAACAGAAAUGGGCAUCAACUGCUGCAGAUGUGUCCCACACUGGGUCUGUACAAAGUCAAUGGUUGGCUUCGAGGGAACUGUUUCUGUCACUACACACAUAGCUCUCUUCUUGGCAACAGCACAGUAGACUAUAGUAUUACAGACCUAGACCCCUUCUAUCUUAGGGCAUUCACUGUCAGCCCCCUAACUCUCCAACACCCCUAUCAGAUCACAGCAAAAUCACCUUGUACAUUAGGACGACCCUAACAGACCCCCAUGUAGCACAGCCCAGUAGGCUCAACCACUCCAAACAGCCUUACAGGUGGACAAGUCAUAGCAAAGAUGACUAUCAGAAAGCAAUCUGGCAUCUAACUAUCCAGACCAAGUUAGACCAUUUUCUUUCCACUUCAUAUCCCCACAGUAAUGACGGCCGCAACCAGGCUUGUUGAGAUAUGACCUCAAUUGUAUUGUAUUGUGUUCACUUUUAUUGUGAAGCACUGGACCGGAAGUGCUGGAAGUGCCUGUUACCUACACCUGUAUAUAUUUGCCAUUCAUUAAAACAAACUUAGAUCAGUUGAAUGAGUGAACACGACGCACAAGUCUCGUUCUCCUUUAUUCGCUUCAUUGUUUUCUGGCUUAGUGGCUUAGACUUGGGUAAAUUGAAACAUUUUCUUGCUAUUGAUUUUGAGCAAAGUGAUCACUGUGUAAAGAUGUUGCAGAAGAGAUAUGUUGAGAAAAUACUUGACAUGCAAGAUUGCAAGCCAAGAGCUACACUCUGUGAGGCAAAACUUGACUACACUGACAAUGCUGAAAUGAUGUGUGACGUGAAAAAGUACAGAGAGGCUGUUGGCAGUCUAAUCUACUUAACCACAUGUACCCGGCCAGAUUUGAGUUUUGUAGUCAGUAGACUUUCACAGUAUUUUUCUGAGCCAACAGAAGAACAGUGGUCCACUGUAGAACAUGUUCUUAGGUACCUGAAAGGCACAACUGAUAAGCAUUUAUGUUACAGAAAGAGCAACAAGCCAUUAGGGCUGCAAGCAUUUAGUGAUGCAAACUGGGCUGAAGAUACAAGUGACAGACGCAGCACUAGUGGUUAUUGUGCCAGCUUAAACCAAGAUUGUCCACUGAUUUCAUAGAAAACUAAAAAGCAACCUACUGUAGCACUUUCUACUUGUGAAGCAGAGUACAUGGCUUUAGCAGCAACUCUACAGGAGUGUUUGUAUUUGAUUCAACUGUUACAAGGUAUUGACAGAUUUGAAUACAUGCAGCCUAAGAUUUAUAAGGACAACCAAGGCACAAUAGCUUUGGCUAAAAACCCUGUUAAAAGACAGAGGUUGAAACAUGUGGACAUAAAGUACCACUUUGUAGGGUCGACUAUUAAUGAUGGUAAAAUGAUCCUUGAAUAUUGUCCUACAGAACACAUGGUUGCAGACAUGACUAAGCCAGCUACAAAGUUGAAAGUUAUAUUUGGAGAGUAAUGUUGUAUUGUAUUUCUGUGGGAAAAGAAAAAAAAAAUCCAAUGUGAGAUCAAGUGGGGGUGUUGAGAUAUGACCUCAAUUGUAUUGUAUUGUGUUCACUUUUAUUGUGAAGCACUGGACCAGUAGUGCCUGUUACCUACACCUGUAUAUAUUUGCCAUUCAUUAAAAAAAACUUUGAUCAGUUGAAUGAGUGAACACGAAGCACAAGUCUCAGUCUCCUUUAUUCGCUUUAUUGUUUUCUGGCUUAGCGCUGCUUAAGAAGUUGACGGUAACUCUGUUAACAAGGCUGUUGGGGAUAUAACGAUAUAUUUGACCAAACAGCAUCUCUAUCCAAUCUAAACAAAUCUAAGCUUCAUAGUUCAAACAAAUCAACUUGUGAAAAGUGGUUUAAUUCUGGCUGCAGAUCUCUGAGAAAAACACUCCGUAUAUUAUCGAAUGAAAAACACUGGCAACCUGAUCAUCAGGAGCCCUGCCUUCAAUACUGGAAAUCUCAGAAGUUAUGUAGAAAAACACUGAGCACUAAAAAGAAACAACAUGAACAGCACCUCAUAGAAGAAACUGAAGAGUCUAUUGACUCCAAUAAUUUUUGUAAAAAAUUGCAUUCAUUUAAGAAAUCUAACAAAGAGGAACUGGCCAUUCAAAAUGGUGACAUUUGGAAAAAGCACUUUGAAAAUCUAUAGAGUGCAAUCACACUGGAUUCAGCCCAAAAUAAUCUGCUUAACAAAUUAGAAGCCCUUGAAUCAGUCGUUAAAGACAAUCAAAACCCUUUAGAUUAUGUAAUUAGUGAAAAGUAGCUGCUGACUAAGAUGACUAAUUAUUUAAUCUUAUUCUGAUCAUUGGACAUUUUCCAGACAUCUGGAACCAAGGAAUAAUCACUCCAAUCCACAAAAGUGGAGACAAGUAUGAGCCCAACAACUCCAGAGGCAUAUGUGUCAGCAGCAACCAAGUUAUUCUGCAGCAUCGUUAACAGCAAUCUGUAAAACUUCCUCAAUGAGCACCAUGUCCUGAGCAAGAGUCAGAUUGGAUUCACAACCCAACACAGAACCACUGACUACAUCUACACUCUCCAUACCCUCAUCCAGAAACAUGUUCACCAAGACAAAAACAAAAUCUUUGCUUAUUUUGUGGAUUUCAAAAAAGCAUUUGAUUCAAUUUGGCAUCGGGGUCUAUUUCUGAAUUUAUUAGAAAAAGCUAUUGGGGGGGGGUCUAUGAUAUCAUUAAAACAAUGUACAUAAAUAAUCAAUGCCCCUGAAGUAGAGGGGUAAAGCAGGGCUGCAGUCUCAGCCCCACCCUCUUCAAUAUCUAUAUUGAGGAUUUGGCCAAGUCCCUGAAAGAGUCAGACAUCCCUGGUCUCACCCUCUCUGACACACAAGACAAGUGCUUACUUUUUGCAGAUGAUCUAAUCCUGCUCGCUUCAUCUAAGGAGGCUCUACAGAAGCAAUUAGAUCAUCUAAAAGAGUUCUGUCAGACCAGGGCCCUGACCGUUAACCCAGAUAAGACAAGAGUCAUGGUCUUCCAGAAAUGACCCAAGUGUCAAAAAGACCAAGACAGGUUCCUCCUGGACUCUACAGACAUACAACAUUUGCUCCUAUUAUUGCAGCAUAUUUGGUGCAAAACAUAUUUGUGCACCUGUAUGGAGCAAUGUGAAGUUGUGGACAAAAUUUAAAUAUGUGCAGAUUUUUAUGUGAACUUGUGUAAAAAAUGUUACAUUUGUGUACAAUAAGCUUUUAUGAAAAUAGUCUUUAACUCUCCACGAGUUAAAGAUUGUGCUUCCUUCUUAAAGCUACAAAUCGAAAUUGCUGCAUUCUUUGGUGCAUUCUUUGGUUAGUGACUGAGCGCCCUGAGGGUGGCAGCAAGUCACAGCAGCUCUUCACAGUAUUUAUGUUUUUGCCCUUUUAUUGUUGUUUUUUGCACCUUAUUUUUCUUUCUUUUUAAUUAGCAGUGUUGUGUUUUGCAUAUUCUAACCAUGGCUGUGAAUUUCACGACUCUGGCACUUUGUUUUCUUUUACUCUUUGGAGUUUUUAAGGCCGCGUCUGGUGACCCGUUCAGUGGCUCUAUUGUUUACAGCCGUGAACAGCUGUUGGCCCUGCGCCAAGCCCGGCCACCUUCGUGGGACAGACCGGACAUCCCUGCUAAGCUCUGCAGGAGAAGAGGCGGAUGCAGAGCUGGAGUUCAGCAUCAGGCAAAGCGGAGACGUUAUAAACCAACUGUCCCGUCCAUCAUCAUGGGAAACGUGAGGUCUCUCCCCAACAAGAUGGAAGAGCUCACAGUGCUGACUCGGCUGCAGUGGGAGUACCGGGAGUGCAGCCUCAUGAUGUUCACGGAGUCAUGGCUGAACGAACUCACUCCGGACCCGCUCGUAACUUUGGACUAAUUUCAUCUCAUCAGAGCAGACCAGAGCAUGAGGGAGAGUGGUAAGAAGAAAGGAGGCGGGAUAGCGGUGUAUGUGAAUGAGAGAUGGUGUAAUGCUGGGCACGUCAGUGUUAAAGAGCAGCGCUGCUCUAAGGACAUUGAGCUGCUGGCUGUGAGUUUGCGGCCAUAUUACCUGCUGAGGGAAUUUUCGCACGUCAUCGCGUUAACUAUUUACAUUCCCCCCUCGGCUGAUGCUGCUGCAGCCUGUGAACUCCUCCACAGUGAAGUGUCCAAGCUACAGACAUCACACCCUCAGUCUCUGAUCAUCAUCUCUGGAGACUUUAAUCAUGCAUCGCUCUCCUCCACUCUCCCUACCUUCAGUCAGUACGUGGAAUGGCCAACAAGAGACAAUAAAACUUUGGACUUACUGUAUGCAAACACCAAGGAUGCAUACACCUCCUCCCCCCUCCCCCCGCUGGGCCGCUCAGAUCACAACCUGGUGAGACUGCAGCCCAUUUACAUACCUAUGGUGAAGAAACAACCCCCCACCAUCAGGUAUGUUAAGAGGUGGUCUGAGGAGGCCACUGAGGCGCCGCAGGACUGUUUUGAGACCACAAACUGGGAUGUACUGUGCGGCCCACAUGGUGAUGACAUCGACACCAUGACAGACUGUAUCACAGACUACAUAAACUUCUGUGUUGAGAACACCGUACCCACCAGGAAAGUAUGGUGUUUCUCCAACAGCAAACCCUGGGUGACCCCAGAACUUAAGGACCUCCUGAAGGAGAAGAAGAGGGUCUUUAAAUCUGGGGACAAGGAGAAGCUGAGGAGGGUGCUGAAGGAGCUGAAGAAGAAGAUCAGAGAGGGAAAGGCCAGCUACAAGACCAAGAUGGAAAACCUUUUGCAACAGAACAACGCAAGGGAGGUCUGGAGAGGCCUGAAAUCCAUCUCAGGUCAUAGCAGGGGCUUCAGGGGACCUGAAGCAGGAGACAGGGAGUGGGCCAACGAGCUGAAUCUGUUCUUUAAUAGAUUUGACUCUGCUCCCACUCCUCCCCCGACUCAUCAAACCAACGACCCGUCUGCUGCUACUUCUUCACACCACCUCAGUUCCAUGGCACUGGCAUCAUCAACCCCCCUCCACUCAUCCUCCACCACCCCCUCUAGCACCACUCCCAGCCUCUCCAUAACAGCUGACCAGAGGAGAAGUGAGCUGAGGAAGAUGAAGCCAAGGAAGGCCACGGGUCCUGACAGCAUCAGCUCCAGACUCCUGAAGGACUGUGCAGACCAGCUCUGUGAGGUGCUACUGCACAUCUUCAGCUUGAGCCUGAGUCUGGAGAGGGUCCCAACACUGUGGAAGACUUCCUGCGUGAUUCCUGUCCCUAAGACAGCACACCCCAGGGAGCCCAACCACUUCAGACCUGUGGCCCUUCUCACCUGAUGAAGACUCUGGAGAGGAUCGUGCUGAGGAACCUCCGCCCCUUGGUGAACUCUCAUCUGGAUCCUCUGCAGUUUGCGUACCAGCCGAACAUCGGAGUGGACGACGCUGUCAUCUACCUGCUGCAGAGGUCCAUGGCCCACCUGGAGAAUACCGGCAGCACUGUGAGGGUCAUGUUUUUUUACUUCUCCAGUGCUUUCAACACUAUCCAGCCUUCACUGCUUAAGGGGAAGCUCGAGAGGGCAGGAGUGUACUGUCACCUAGCCGCAUGGACCGUGGACUACCUCACCGACAGACCAGGCCAGUUCUGUCCUGGACUGUUCUUUGGACUCCCUGGAGGAGGUGGGUGAGAGGAGGAUGUUAGCAAAGCUUGUAUCCAUCAUGGACAAUCCCUCUCACCCACUGCACCAGACUGUGGGGGCUUUAGGCAGCUCCUUCAGCAGCAGACUGAGACUCCCACCCUGCAGGACGGAGCGCUACCGCAGGUCAUUCCGCCCCUCUGCAAUAAGACUUUACAACGAACUGUAGUAAAACUGGACUCACACCACCACUUUUUUCUGGCAUUUAAAUUGAGUAUAUUGUAUAUAGUUUUAUUUUUCUUCUCCCUUUUUCCUUUUCCUAAUUUUUUUCUUAAUUAUUACAUUUAUUUAAGUUCUUAAUAUUACGAUCUUUAUUUUUAUAACUGCAUUUUUGCACUCUUUGUCUGUGAUGCUGCUGUGACAAAAAAAUGUCCCCCAUGGGGGAUCAAUAAAGGAAUAUUCUAUUCUAUUCUAAAAGGCGGUCACUAAUCUGAGAUUGAUGGGUUUUACAACCAAUCAGAAGUGAUAGCAUUUCGUCUUACAGCCAAUCAGAGGAGACAAGGCUCUCUACACGGAGCAGUGGAUGGGGUUUCUGCCGUACCGCAUCGGCCACUCACUCAUAGCAUCGGCCAAAUGCAAGACCUGCGUAAACCUGGCCCCCUACCCUGUGCAAAAAUUCAGGAAAAUAGUCUGCUUCAUUUGUAGUGGUUUGUGCUGUUAAAAUUUUCGUUUUUGCUACUAUGGUUUUUAAGUUAUUAAAUUUUGUUUUAUAGGUCACCCAGAGGUCACCCAGCCCCCCAUUUGUUCUGAAUGGCCGUUUGUUAGUGCUUCGUUUGUGCUGGUUGGUGCCGUUAAAAUUUUCGUUUGUGCCUCUACGGGUAUUAACUUAUUACACACUUAACUUUUUGGUGAUGACGUCACCCAGCCCCCCAUUUGCUCUGAAUGGACCUGAAAUGGUGCCGAUCAUUUGUGGUUCGUUUUUGCCGCUGUUGCCAAGAAGUAUGCACCUCGCAGAAACGCCCACCGCUUAUACUAUACCUGCCAACACUCCUGUUUUCCCUGGGACUCUCUAGUAUCUCAGACCUAUCUCCCGCCCUCAUAUUGUCAUUUCUCCCAGGAAUCUCCCGUAGUUUGAUGGUCCACGUUCAUUCAUGAAUCAGAUCACUAAAUUUGACUAUAUUUGUCCUAAGUUUCCAGGUUUCCAGACAACUGAAGAUUGUCCUGCCUUUCUGCUGAGCCUCACAGUCACUGGAUUGGUACUUUUACUUUACAAUUUGGGAUGAUUCAGGUCGGUUUAAGCUGUAAAACACAUUUAAGCAGUGUUUGUUGCAAAAUGAACACUUCAAUGAAAGGGAAACAAAUGUGAGAUAUAUUUAUGUUGAUAGUCUUGCACCGUCUCGGAUUGAUGCGUUCAGGGCAGCCUCAGACAAAAGAGUGCUCUAUUUCACACACAGAUGUUCAGAGAGACUCAUAUGGGAGAGCAUGUCAAACAUAUGAGGACUUGAACACCAAUAUUUGUAGACUGAAUAAGUUCAAACUUAUCGUAGCAAUCAUUUUUAUUACAAUUUUUAUUGUUAAAACAAAAAAGUAUGCAGCUUCACUUAGACUUAUUUGGAUGAGAAAUCUAAUAACACAUACCUACAGACAUCAGUAUAGCCGAGAAAUGCAUCCACCCAUAAAGCACAUAUCAAUGCUACUAACCUUAUAUCAGCUGUUUUUCUGUUUGCCAAAAUAUGUAUCCACUUGUUAAUUAGCUAUUGAGACAACAACAAGACAUAUUUUUGGAAAUAUUACACCAGGAAAGUCCACCCAUUCUUUGGGAAGGUCCCAGAGAAUCAAUCUUCAUGGGUUCAUGAACGACACAACACUAUGACACACACAAAUUAUACAUCAAAACUUAGUAAAUCUACCAGCCAGACAGAAAAUGUGGACCUUGAAGCUGUGAGAUGCUCACUUUUCAAGCUACAAGGUUUUUUCAGGAGGAGGUACCUGUUUCACCUCUAUCCACCGCCAUCCAAAAAGAACACAAAUGCUCGGAAUCCGACUGUUGCUCAUUUUCUCCGAACAACUCGUGCUCCCGUCUAAACUGUCCUUCUUAUGUGUCGUAGCUGUAUUCGAGCAGUCGCUCACUGUCCAGAGUUUUUUCCGAUACGACAUGUUGUUUGUCAGCAACAAGCCUUUUGUGGGCAAGAGUGAGAUAUCAAGAUUCCUAUUCAAAGUUAUUAGAGCUGCUGAAAACAUGGGGGGUCUCCAUAUUUGGAACUUGAUUGUGAUGUCGUACUUUGAGGUAGAAAUGUGAUUUGAACUCUGACCUUUAGAUGAGACCCGAACCCUUCAACCUGUGAAAACCACAUUUCAAUAUAUCUUAUGGUUACCAAAUGAGUUUGUUUGGGCCAGUCCUGUUCUAAGCAGGCAGAGGCUCACUGAGGCAAAGUCUGUGUCACAGGUGAGCUGCAGGUGCACUGUCACCAUGGAGACAAUUUCCACUCAGAGCACAGUGCCUGCCCACCUGUCCUUGAUUGACAGCUGUCUUCCAGACACCACAACACAGAGACAGCCGGAUUGCCUUGAGUUUCAAGUCAGAUUCAUGACAAAGGCCCUAAAUGAUCAACGCUUUGACAUAUCAGCACCAUAUUUGACAUGUCCCCUCGUGACCCCACUCUGAAGACAUGUCCCACUCUGCAGCCAUCUUGGAUGACCCCACCAUCCCCAAACAGGAAGUAGCCCUUAACGCAUUAAUGCCCUCAUGUACCUUCCUGUUAGGACACUGUGCUGGUUUUCCUCUCUCACUUCGAUGUAACUGUCUUUAUAACUUUGACAGCCUCCUGUUCAGACUGUUCCUGGUUAUGACAGAGUGGAGAUGUGGCUGUUCAAAAAGCUUCUCUGUGAAUAGCCUAUUGAACAUCUCCCUGAUCCUGAAAGCGCCUUGAGGACAGUCAGUGAAGUAAAGAGGUUUUUUUUUCUCUUUCAGUGACGAUGUGAGGUCAGCAAACAUCAUGGCUGAGGAGGAUGGCGUGGAGUGUCUGGUCAUCGACAGAGAGUGAGUUUUCUCCUGUUAGACAUGAACUUGAAAGAGCUCGGUCCUGAAGCUUCUGUUUUAUUGUCAUCAGGACUUUUAAUCAGACAGUGGGGACCUUUAAUGAGCUGCAGAAAUACCUGCAGGGCUACGUGGCCACGCUCGACCGAGACGACAAGAAGAGACAUGCCAGGUUUAUUUUUUCAUGAUUUAUAUUUUCAUUUGAACAAGAGCUCAGAUAUAAAGUUUUGCCUUUAAUUCUCAGAGUUUUGAAUGUGGGGAAGUCCACCCUGACCUUGCUGAUGGGUUAAAAUUCUCCAAAAAGGAAAUCGGUGUCUCGCCAUCAGAGUCAGCCGCUGCCACCAGAUAUCCUCCAGCUGAAGGAGAUGGUGUCGGCGUUUCCUCCAACACGACCUUUUGACCAGCUUGAGGUCAUUGCUACGCUUGGGGUCGGAGGAUUUGGACGGGUAGAGCUGGUGAGAUCUGGAGAUUUGAACUAAUAUCAAGAUUUGUGAAGCAGAUCUAACAGAACAUCAAAAAUCUUCUUAAUGAAAUAAUAACCAUCACUCCCUAUCACCAUGGUAAAACAGUAGUUACAUAAUCAUGUUUGUAAAAAAAUCAGGGCUUGGGUCCGGUCCAGGCUCAGCUCACUCAGGAGAUACUCAUUCCGUCUGAGGGUUUGUGCUGAUUAAAGUUCUCAUGUAAGUUUGUAUAGUUUCUGAGUUGGUAGAUCAGAAGAAGCUUGUGAUGAAAAACAAGUAAUUCACUGGGAAGUAUGAUCAAUAAUACUGGAUAAUACAGAGGUAAAUCUGAGUCAUUAGGACAAAUAAUUAGAGGCCUGCUUUUCUACUGUUGUAUCAGGGUUAUUACCACACUGACUCAUUCAACAGUAGAAGUUAAUAGCAGAGGAUUUUUGUAGUUUUUUAUAUUAUAUUUUUGUUCAGACUUUUACAGCCUAUAAGGAUAGGUUGAAAUAAGGCUGAACAUAGAAAAGAAUCUUUAAAAACAUACUGCACUGUGAGGAGAAAGACAACUGCACAAUGCCAGACCUAUAUCAGUCUGACAAUUUGAAUUAAUGCGAGUGCUUUUACUCCAAUCAGUGCUUUAAUGUGCUGUUAAGGACAAAUGUUCCUCCUUUGACAUCCUCUCUCCUCUCAGGUGAAGGUUCAGGGAAAGGACAUUACCUUCGCUCUGAAGGUGAUUAAGAAGAAACACGUGGUAGACAACAGGCAGGAGGAGCACAUCCACUCUGAGAGGAAGAUCCUCACCGAGACCUGCUCGCCCUUCGUCGUCAAGUCAGUCCUCUUCACCUUCACCCUCUUCAUCCUUCCCCUCCUCUUCGAAACCCCCUCAGUGUCCCCUUCUUUAUGAUUAAGGUCUGUGUGAACAAAUAGCUGAGCUCUUACUGGUUUUGGAUGAUAUUAUAGCAGAGGUCUUGUGCUGAUGACGUUCUCUCAGCAGGUCAAAAAAGCUGAAAUUUUUUAGGAGAUCUGCUGCAGAAACCUUUAUAUUACAGCAGAGGAUUAUUCUUUUGCUUUUGGCAGGUUAGCAGGAUUUUUUUUGUCAGAUAAUGUUUUUAUGAAAUUAUAAGGAUUAUAAUUUGAUUUUUGUCCGAUGAUUUUGUCCGAUUAUGUAAGUCUUAUUGACACUUUUAAUUUGGUGCAGUGUGUGACGGGUCCCACACACGAGCACAGAUAUUUAUUGGACGUACUGUGUCAUGGUUUACCUGUGUCUAACUUGGUGAUAUGUGAUGAUGUAUUUUCUGAUCACAGGCUUGUAUUGUUUGAAGUGUAUCUUUCUUGUUCUGAGGUUAAAUCUGGCGCCCCUGCACAGAGACGUUGGAUUCUUAACCCCUCUACUGCCGGUCGCUUCUGUGUGGCUUUUGAACAGCUCUGUGUCUGCCCUACCUCUGCGAACACAGAGGAGCUCCACUGCCGUAUAGGGUUCCUCAAGGGUCGAUUUUAGGGCCCUGCUCUUUUCUUUGUAUUUGCUGCCCCUGGCCUCCAUCUUAAGAAAGCAUGGCAUUUCUUUUCAUUCUUAUGCUGAUGACAGUCAGAUAUAUGUGCCACUUAAUAAGAAAAAUGCUUUUUACCUCACUCCACUUCUGGCAUGUCUUGAAGACAUCAAAGCCUGGAUGGCUUUGAAUUUUUUAAAUUUCAAUGAGAGAAAAACAGAAGUGAUGGUCUUUGGUCCCAGUGGCCCUUGUGAAACCCCUCCUGUAGAUUUGGGUAUUUUAGCAGACUAUUUAAAGCCAUCUGUCUCGAAUUUGGGUUUUAAGAUGGACAGUGAUUUUAAAUUUGACAGGCAAAUUAGCUCUGUAGUGAAAUCUAGCUUUUAUCAUAUAUGGUAGCUGGCGAAGGCAAAGCCAUUCCUUGCACGUAAGCAUUUUGAAACAGUAAUCCAUGCCUUUGUUACAUCUCGGCUGGAUUACUGUAACGCACUUUACUUUGGAGUCAGCCAGUCCUCCCUCUCACGUCUCCAGUUAGUACAAAACGCAGCCGCCCGGCUCUUAACUGGAGUACGUAAGAGGGAGCACAUUACUCCCAUCCUGGCCUCCCUCCACUGGUUGCCCAUGCAUUUUAGAGUUCAUUUUAAGAUUCUUUUAUUUGUUUUUAAAUCUUUAAAUGGUCUGGCUCCUUCUUACCUCUCUGAGCUUCUCCACCCCUACACCCCUGCUCGGUGCCUCAGGUCAGCUGAUCAGCUGCUCCUGGAGGUACCGGGGUCCAAACUGAAGCUCAGAGGGGAUAGAUCUUUUUCUGUUGCGGCCCCAAAAUUAUGGAACAAGCUACCCCUCCAAAUUAGACAAGCCCCCACACUGUCCAUUUUUGAGACUCGUCUUAAAACCCUUUUUUAUUCAUUGGCUUUUAACCCUGCAUGAGACUCCGCUUCUGUUUUAGUGUUUUAUGGUUUGUUUUUAGUUAUUUGUUUCUUUGUUUUUAAAUUAGUUUUUAAAAACAUUGUAACUAUAUUUUACUUUUUAAUUCUGCUUUUAUUUUAUCCACUGUUUUAAUUGUUUUUUGAUUGUUUUUUAUGUCUAGUUGUUUUGUCUAUUUAUGUACAGCACUUUGUUUAGCUGUGGUUGUUUUAAAGUGCUUAACAAAUAAAGUUGAGUUGAGUUGAGAGUUGAGAUUAGGAGUAUAAUUCUUUGGUUUUUGUAAGGUUAGAAGGAUUCUUUUUAUUUUUUUAGAGUAAGAGGAUUAUACUUUGGUUUUUGUUGGGUAAGGACAAUUAUUCUUUGUUUUUUUUGAGAUUGUAAGGAUUUUUCUGUGAUGUCUGUCAGGUUAAGAGGAUUUUUUUUUAUUGUAAGGAUUCUUCUGUGAUUUUUGUCAAAUUGGGAGGAUAAUUCUUUGGUCUUUGUCAGGUUAGAAGGAUUAUUCUUUGGUUCUUGUUCAGGUAAGGAGGAUUGUUCCUUGGUUUUGUAAGGUGAGGAUGAUAAUUCUUUGUUUUUUUUCAUCAUAUUAGGAGGAUGCUGUUUAAAGUUUCCAGAUAUUGUAUCCAUCCAGUGUUUUUUGUGCUCUCAGCCUGAUUCUAAAUCUGUUUGUUCUUCUGAGCUCUUAUUAAUAAUUAGCUCUAAAAGCACAACCACAGGGUUGAUUUAUAUCACAUAACUGCUAAAUAAUAGCUAUAAUAAAUUCACUUAUGUCUUUAACUACAUAACAGGCCACUGCAGCACAGCGUAUUAACACCCUCUAUACCUGUGUGAAUAAUUGAAGCCGCCCGCUGACUGUUUACGAUCUGUUUGCGCCAUUAUUUCUGUCCCUGCUGGUUUUAUUUGUGCACUUUAUCAGUUUAAUGUUGUUUAAAAGAAGGAAAUGAAGCCAGAGUGAUGCCAUGUUUUCUAAACUGAAAUCUAAUGGGGACGGUUUAAGUGAGUGAUCAUUAAAAGUGACAGUGAUGAUUAAAUAAACAGAAACACAUUAAAGAAAUUAAUAGACAUCUGUUCAGCCAGAUGGUUCCAGUUUGUUUCAAUAUCAGAAUGAAUUAAAUUAUUUUAUAGACAUGUAAUAAGAUAAGACAAAUGAAGGUAGUAUAGAAAGCUGAACCUGUUCGGUUAUUUCUGCAGGCUGUACCGCACCUUUAAGGAUAAUAAAUAUGUGUACAUGCUGCUGGAGGCCUGCCUGGGUGGAGAGGUGUGGAGUCUGCUCAGAGACAGGUAAGAACCAAAAUCACUGUCCAAGUUACAAAGUGCACAUAAAGUCACCAGCUAACUGAGCUGCAGAGCAAACAGCAUUAGUGUGAUCCAGCUCUGUUUGCACAUACAGUUUGUUAGCGAGCUGUUCCUUCUGAUUUAUGAGGGGAUAGAGCAGGGAAUGAGGGUUCAGAGCUAGCUGUCCCAUCAGGAUAAGGGUGCACAGCACAGCUCUGUGCAGUAGAGAGUCGAGAUGCAGACAGCUUAUCUCCUCAAUCUGAUACAACACAAGAGCAAACUGCACAGACCUGCAGAGUCUUAUGGGCAUGUAUGUGCUUAAGUAUCACUAGAUCUAGAUCUUAAUGGACCAAGCUCUGAGACAGACCAGAUAGCUGAGCUGGGCACUAGAGUCUUGGUGAUUUAGAGGCCUCACCAUCCUCAGAAAGGUCACCCUCGAGGGAUCUCCUCAACAGUUUCAGAUCAGACCUGACUUUUGAAUCAGAGGAGUUUGUAUUUGUCUCAUCCUGCAGGGGGAGCUUCGACGAGCAAACAGCCAAAUUCUGUGUCGGCUGUGUCACAGAGGCAUUCGAUUACCUCCAUCGUAAAGGGGUCCUCUACAGAGACCUUAAGCCUGAGAAUCUGAUGCUGGAUACUGAUGGAUACAUCAAACUGGUGAGACCAGGCCCAGGGACUUAAAUGAUCUGUGUUCAAACCAGACAGUAUCAGGAACUGAGUGCCCUGAAACUGUCUGGAAAAUGUCAGGAGCUAAUGUUUGAAAGAGACCAGAGUAUGCAGGUGACGGACAGGUGACCUUUAUAGUCCUUUCAAUCCAUCUAAAUCAAGUGGUUUAACAGUUCUGUGAAUUUGAGUCCAUCAUUAGGUCCUAGGUGUAUUUGAGAGUCAUAACACAGCUAAAAGUCUGCCAAAAGAGGAGCAGAGAGACUAUAACAAUUGUUUUUAUAUGAGAUGAGGGUCGAGCAUGUUGUUUGUGCUAAGUGGGGAUGGAUUGGUUCUGGUUCUUCAGGUCUGGCCAGUCAGCUGUAUUGGGUUUGAUUUAUCUGCAGAGAAUCUUCUAUGCAGUUUUAGCUGUCGUAGCAGGAAGCUGCUCAUCAGAGCAGGGUUUGUGAAAUCUCAUUUUAGAAAAGUAAAGUUGGAGGUAUUUUUCAGAUGCAAUGAGGUUCAGAUCAGUGUUCAACAAGCCCUAAAAGUUAACAGAUCUGUUUCUUCAUCCCAGGUCGACUUUGGUUUUGCUAAGAAGGUCAGAUGUGGACAGAAGACAUGGACUUUCUGUGGAACGCCAGAAUAUGUGGCUCCUGAGAUCAUCCUCAACAAAGGACACAACUUCAGCGUGGACUUCUGGGCUCUGGGUAUCCUGGUGUUCGAGCUCCUCACCGGCAGGUUAGUGCAGGAGUCGUUCACAGAGAGGAUUUAGCAGAGGAAGGCUAAAAAACAAGCUGCUGCAGACUUUCAGAGAAUCAGAAGCUGACUUUGUGUUCCUCCACAGCCCUCCGUUCUCAGGCAGCGAUCAGAUGAUGACCUACACCUUCAUCCUGAAAGGUAUCGAGAAGAUGGAUUUCCCCAAAAAGAUCACAAAGAGACCGGAGGACCUCAUACGCAAACUCUGCAGGUAAAAAUGAUGGCACUAAGUCCUAACCCAGAACUCAGACCAGUCAUACUCUGCCUCCAGGUUUCUCUGAUCAGAAUCUUGUGAUUCAAAAGUUCACUCAUAAGUAUUUUACCAUAAAGGAAUCUGCUGUAGAUGAUAAAAAAGACAACUUUGGAGGUGGCUGAUUCAAAUCCUGCAGAUUAAUCACAUACUUGCAGUCCAUUGUAAUGAAAUGUUUUUGACUAGAUCAGGUCUAAAUUGGUCCAUCUUAAGCUGAAUCUGUUGGAUUGUGGGAUGAAGAUUAAAGAUCCAUUAUGAACUCUACUCAGUUUUUUAUAUAAAUAUAUUCUUUCUGUAUGAAAAGAAGGAUCUGGAGUUCUAGCUGUGUCUUAAGAAGUUGUGGAGAUGAGUCAGAACCACAGACACUAGUCUACUUGUGCUUUCUUCACUUUGACUAAGGUCCAUCAGAAUCAUAAGGAGGUGGUGUUGUGUGGAUGUCUUAGCACUUUGGAUUUUGCUGAGUUCUUGAAAAGCAAAAAUUAACACCUGACAUUAAAAAUGUCUUUCAAAAUAAAUAAUGUUCUUAAAUAAAUAAAUAAUGUUGGUCUUUGAUUUUACAGGAGAAACCCGUCAGAGCGAUUGGGCAACCUCAAGAAUGGGAUAACUGACAUCAAAAAGCACAGGUGAGAAGAGAACCACUCACUUUGGUGUUUGGACUUGUUUAGAAAGAUUAAAAAAGGAGCAUUUAUUGAUUAACAUUAUUAUGAUCAGUGUUUAGUGCUCCAUCAAUGCCACAAUCACAAAUCACCUCAUGAGUUAGAGGACAGGAUGUCAAACCCAUAAGUCUUUUUUGUCUGCAGGUGGUUUAAUGGAUUUAACUGGGAGGGACUGAAGGCCAGAACUCUACCGUCUCCACUGAAAAGAGAAGUAUGAGCAUAUAUUUGUGCUUAGUAGUAACCAGCAGUCUCUGCAGGUUUUUCCUCUGGUUUAUGGCAGAUGGUAUCCUUUACACUGCUACAUUUUCACCACCUAGUGUUGGAGAGUUUUAGCUCUCAAUACAGAUGUAACUACUAACCCCUAAAGUAGGAGGAAAAAAAAUAUAUAUCUGUUUGAAACAUGGACAUGGUGUGAACAGUUGCCAUGAGAGAGCUGAGCUACAGAGACCCAAACGGUUUCUACCAUCAGGCUAUAAACAUGUUUGUUACAGCUGUUGGACAGUUUAACGUGGAGCUCACCCUUAAGUGGACACUGGAGGAACUGCAGCAAUUCUGCUUCAGCAUUAUUAAUCAUUCAUACUGAUGAGUAAUAAUGCUAUCCAAAUAAGGAGAAGUGGGUGGAGCUUGGGAUAAAAAGAUACUUGCAAAUGCAAACAGCUUCUUGUCAGGAAAAUAAACUUACCAACCAAGAGAAUGCAGGUUUUAGACUUUUCUGCACUGGUUUAUUAAAGGGGACCUGCCAUCAAAAUGUAAUUUUGUGGGUUUUUUGUGUCAGAUAAGGUCCAUAUUAUGUUCGUCUUAUGUUGUAAAUGUGAAAACAAACCGUUACUUCGUUUGCAUUCUGUAAAGGUUUAAAAUAAAGGAAUGGGUAAACCAGGCCAAUUGAAAAAGCAGGCCCCUCUGACGUUGCGCUGACCUUGCUCAUUAUUAUUCACGAGCACGUCCUCGGUGAGUCGCGCCCACUCUCUCGUUCUCGUACUCAGUCACAGCCAGAGCGAGACCCAGCUACCACUAUAUCCGCUAUGGGUCUCUUCCAAACGACCAGUGUUUCCUUGGGUUCACUGCCGGAAAAUGAACUUAAAGCUGGGCAGAAUGAAAGAAAACACAGCUGGAGAUCUCCGGCUUCUUCUUCAACUUCCACCUCCUCUUUGGACUCGGGGUCUAAAAUAUAUGGUGUAAUACCUGCCGUUUUUAGCCUUUAGCAUUAGGUGACCAGACGUCCCCGAUUUCAGGGGACAGUCCCCGUAUUGGAUGACCUGUCCCCGGCAAAAGCUGUCCCUGAAAAUGUCCCCGAUUUAAGCGUUUCAUGAAUGAGAGCGAAAAUGUUGCGUGUGGGCUCGAACAACGGUUAUUACAGUAGCCGAAUAGGUAGGAAGCACAAGUAAGCAGUCCUGAACAACAGUUUUUAAGGGGGUUAUUACAAGGGGCAUGCGCUUCUACUAAAUAGUACCGAGAUUUUGUCUGUGAUCACACAGCCCCUGCACCCGCCGCUGCCGCCGCACUGAAUAUCCCCGGAUAUCAUUACAGACAUCUGGGCACCUUACUUUAGCACACAUUAGCAAAAUGGAUAAACCGAAAUCUGAACCUCCACUGCUGAGCCAAUCAGAGCACAGCAGGCUUCACAGCAGCGAUCCAAUCAGAGCAAAGCUCAUUACCAUAAAUGUUAAUGAGCCAAAAUCAGUUGGUUUUCCUGUAAGGUUUUUUAGGCACUAAAAACAAACCAUCAAAUAACUUUUCAGCUAAAAUUAUGUUGCAAACAUGAUCAGAGGACAUCAAGGAUUAUGAAAAAAUGAUUGAAAUGGAUAAGAAAUUUUGAUGGCAGGUCCCCUUUAAGAAAAUAGGAAAUCCACUAUUUUAUACUGCUUUACUUCAUCACAAAGCUAACAAGGAAAAUACAUAAAUUAUGAAAUACUUUUUAGUUGACAAAUAAGAGUGCCAAAAGUGAAUGUAAAUUGAAAAGCCUGACGUGUUUAUUAAGUGUAUAUAAAACCCCCACCCCUAUGUUGCUCUUGAAAUAUAAAAGUUUCCUCUGGUGCUUGCUCUCAGAGGCCUGUACUAUGAAACUAGAUUAACACACAAAGGAUAACUCUUCCACAACUUGCUCAAAUUCACCAGAUCUCCAUAUCCUGAUCCUCAACACAGCAACAUCUGUGACAUGUGGAGAGGAAUCAGUACCAUCUCUGGACACAGCAAUAAAAAGAAAAGAGCUGAUGAACUCAACCUGUUCUUCUUUCAAAGGUCUUUUUAUUGAUAGCAAAUCAUGUAUAAGACACAGUACAGGAAGGUAAAUUUUUUCUGACAUCCUCCACCUGUAUCGCAACACGUCCCAUGCCCAAACAUGGGCAGACACAGGUAACCAUCAACAGAAUUGCAUAAGGGCAGAACAAUGAGAAUUAUGACAAAAUAAUAAUAAUAAAAAUAAAUAGAUGGAGAAAAUGCAUAAGAAUGAUCAACAACAGUUCACAGGAAAUAUAUGUAAGCACAGUCUAAAUUAAAAACAGAGACUCAGACAAAAAAGAAGUAAAAAGAAAUGUAAAAAAAUACUUGAAACUACUGAUGCUGGAUACUGAUGGAUACAUCAAAACUACUUAAAAAACUACUCUGAAAUUUUUGUUGUGGGAUUCUCGUAAAAUACCAAAAAGAGGUUCCAUAUUCUGUAGAAUUUAUUCUCUGAUCCUUGGAUAGUGUACCUGACCUUUUCUAAGUUCAUGCAGGACAUCAUAUCCCUGAGCCACUGUGAGUGAGAGGGAGGAGCAGUAUCCUUCCACUUAAGUGAGAUGGCUCGCCGAGCUAGCAAGGAAGCAAAAGCCACAAAGUUGAGCGAAACUUUGGGCAGAGCUAAGUCCGGAGCAAUGCCAAAAAUAGCAGUCAGAGGAUUGGGCUCGAUUCUAUGAUGAAGAGUCUCUGAGAUCGCCUGGAAGACUAGUGACCAGAAGUUAUCUAAUGAGGGGCAUGUCCAGUACAUGUGAUAAAGCGAGGCAGGUGCACCUUUACAUUUAUCACAUGUAGGGUCAACAUCAGGGAACAUUCGCGCUAAUUUGGUUUUUGAAAUGUGAAUCCAGUGUACUACUUUGAAUUGUAAGAGUGCAUGUCGGGAACACAUAGAGGAGGAGUGUACCCGAUCCAGUACUGAGUCCCAUGUCCCCUCUGUAAAGGUAUAAUUCAAGUCUUGUUCCCAAGCAUAUCUCAAAGCCGCCACAGAGGGACAGUGCAGAUUGGAAAUAGGAUUAAAUAAGAUAGACAUAGUACCCCUAGAUGUGGGGUUAACCAAGAGGAAUGUGUCGACGGGGUUGUCUAAAGGCUUACUAGGAAAUUGGACUGUUAAACGCUGUAUAAAGUCUUGAAUUUGCAAAAAUCUGAAAUAAUGUGACUUGGCAAUAUCAAACGUGUCAGACAAUUGGGAGAAGCUAGCAAAGCAAUUAUUAAUGUAUAAAUCAGCAAAGCAUUUCAAUCCUUUCCUGUGCCAAAUUUUAAAUGUGCCAUCAGCCAUUGAGGGAGCAAAGAGAUGAUUUGCAGCAAUUGGGCUUUGAAGUGAAAAAUGUUGCAACCCGAAACUCUUCCUGAAUUGGCCCCAGAUUAACAAAGACUGUUUGACUACAGGGUUACUGUUGGGGAUAGCUGAAGCUAGAGGAAGUGCAGCACCUGGGAGGGUAGGUAAGGAAACAGGGCUACUAGCACAAACCUCCAUUGUCACCCAAGCUGGAGAGGAGGGCUCAAGAUGGAAGUGCCUCCAAUACAACAUACACCUAAUAUUGGCUGCCCAGUAGUAGUACUGAAAAUUAGGCAAAGCCAUUCCCCCCACCCGCUUAGGUCUUUGAAGAAAUGCCUUCCGUAACCGUGGUUGUCUACCAUUCCAAAUAUAGGAUGUCAUUAGUGAGUCAAGGGCCUUAAAGAAAGAUUUGGGGAUAAGAAUGGGGAGGCACUGAAAUAAAUAGAGGAAUUUGGGAAGCAAUGUCAUUUUGAUUGAAUUUAUUCUGCCAAUGAGGGACAAGGACAUGGGGGACCAUCUAGACAAAAUCUAUUUAACCUGAUCAAAUAGAGUGAGAAAAUUGGAUUUAAAUAAAUUUUUUAAUUCUCUAGUGACACAUAUUCCAAGAUAGGUAAAAUGAUCUUUCACCACCUUUAAUGGGAGAUCCAUGUAGCUUAGUUUAAGAGUCUCUUUAUUAAUCGGGAAUAGCUCGCUUUUGUUUAAGUUGAGUUUGUAUCCUGAAAAUUGGCUGAAAUUCUCCAAGAUAUUGAGAGCUUCCGGUAGAGAGGUGGAUGGUUUAGAGACAAGUAGAAGUAAGUCAUCUGCAUACAGCAAGACCUUGUGUUCGAUUCCCCCCCUCCAUACGCCCCUUAUCCUCUCACAACUACGUAACGCAAUCGCCAGAGGCUCGAUAGCAAUUGCAAACAGGAGCGGGCUUAGCGGCCAGCCCUGUCGUGUCCCACGGUGAAGGUCGAAAUAUUUUGAGUAAUGACUGUUGGUUAGAACUGAGGUAGACGGACAUUUGUACAAUGUCCAGAAAUUACAGGGCCAAAUCUGAAUUUUUCAAGCGUCUGAAAAAGAUAACUCCACUCUAUUCUGUCAAAUGCCUUCUCAGCAUCCAUAGAGGCAAGGCAUUCAGCAUCAACAUGUUUUGAAGAGUAAAGAAUGUUGAGUAGACAACGAAUAUUAUAGAAUGAAUAGCGUCCCUUAAUAAAUCCAGUUUGAUCCGGAGUAAUUACAGAAGGAAGGGUAUCCUCAAGUCUGUUUGCCAAAACUUUGGCAAGGAUCUUCACAUCUGUGUUUAGUAAUGAAAUCGGCCUGUAUGAGCCACAAUCAAGUGGGUCCUUGUCUUUCUUGUGUAACAGGGUGAUACAGGCCUGGUUAAAUGAAGGAGGGCGUGUACCUGAGUUCAAAGAAUCAGAAAACACUGAGCACAGGAAAGGGAUCAAAUCAGUAGAGAAUUUUUUUUAAAAAUCUGAAGGGAGUCCAUCUGGGCUGGGAGAUUUACCUGAUUGCAUAGAUGAUAUUGCUGCAGAGACUUCUUUCUGGGUGAUGGGAGCUUCGAGAUUAUUUCUAAGGUCUUGAGAAAGGGACGGUAAGUCAAGGUUAUUGAAGAAGUUUUCCAUAAUAUUGACGUCAGUAGUACAGUUUGAAGAGUAUAGAUUAGAAUAGAAGGUUCUGAAUUGAUUGUUAAUUGUUUUCUGGUCAGAUGAAAUACUGCCAUUUUCAGUCCGUAAUGCAGCAAUAAGUUGUUUUGCUCUUACCCAACGCAGCUGAUUAGCUAGGAUUUUGCCGUUUUUUUCACCACGUUCAUAAUAGUUACUUUUACUCCGAAUUAAAUGAUUUUCAAUUUGGCGAGACGAGAGAAGAUUCAAUUCUGCCUGGAGUUUCAAAUGCUCCUUGUACAGUUCUGGAGAUGGUGAAUUUGCAUAUUGUUUAUCUAUGUUUAAGAUCUGGUUCGCAAUAUCAGUCUGUUUUUGCCUUGAACACUGCUGCGAAAGAUAUAAUUUGUCCUCUCAGGUACGCUUUCAUGGUUUCCCAGAUUGUUUUAUUCGACACAUCUGGUGUUUUAUUAAUGCUUAAAAAGGUCUUGAUAUAUGAUGAGAUAUGUGUGAGAAAGCAUUCGUCAGAGAGCAACAAUGGAUCUAGUCUCCAGUGUCUCCUUGCAUACUCAGCGUCUGGAAAGGCUAACACCAUGACCAGGGGAGCAUGAUCUGAAAUAAUGAUAGCUUCAUAACUGCAUGACUUUAGAUCUGAGAUUGAUUUAUUGUCUGUAAAGAAAUAAUCAAUUCGAGUAUACGUGUGAUGGACAUGAGAGAAGAAGGAGUAUUCUCUCCCUGAGGGAUACAAGAACCUGCAGGGGUCAGAGAGGCUAAAAUCAUCAAGAAACGCUUUGACAUAUCCAGCAGACUUGCUAAGAGUGGUAGGUUUAGGAGAGGAGCGGUCUAAUGUUGCAUCCAAAAAACAAUUGAAAUCUCCACCAAGAAUUAGAGAGUGAGAAUUUAGAUCAGGAAGUUCAGAACUUAUUGAAAAACUGUACAUCAUCUUUAUUAGGCGCGUAAAAAUUGGCUAAAACUACUACCUGAGACAAUGAUAAAAUGACCAAAUUUAUCUGCUAUGAUGUUGGAGGCCUCAAAAGGAAUGUUUCUAUCAAAUAGAAUAGCCGCACCUCUGGCCUUUCCCCUGAAGCUGGAAUGGAAAUCUGACCUGCCCAGUAUUUGCCAAAACGCCACUGAUCAGUCUUGUAAGUGGGUUUCCUGCAGGAAGGCUACCCCAGCCUUGAACUGUUUUAGGUGUUCCAAAACUUUAUUUCUUUUAAUUGGGUGAUUUAACCCCUUAACAUUCCAGCUUAUGAAAUUGAGAUUACCUUUCAUCUAAAAGAAGCUUGAAGGAUAAUAGAGUAAGUAGCCCCAAGGGAAGAAAGAGAAGAGAGGGAGAAAGAAAAAACAAACAGAGAAAGAAAAAAAAAAACAACAACAACAAGAACAAAACGAACAACAGCAAUAUGUCAACAAACCCCUGAACCAACCCAACCCCAAACUCACACAGCGCUCCAUAGAGCGACCACAGAGUGACCCCCUCAGGUCUCAGCAUAAACAUACCAAGAACUUACUUCCUAUUCACUAGCUCCCAUAAAGUUUAACAAUUAACCCUCUAACCAGUAGAGUAGAAACCUCAUAAUUGUCCACAAUUGUUUACUCGCAGAAAUCAGGAUGAUCAUUGGACACCAUUCAGUGUCACGGCGGUGUGGACUCACUCUCUCCCAGGCUGUGGAGGAAUUUGGUGGCUUUAUUGACAGACGUGAACCACUUCUUCUCGCCGCUCUGGAGAGUAAUGCGCAGCUUUGCCGGGAAGAGCAGAGAAGGAUGGAGACCUCUUCAGCCAUAACAUCUUUGUAUUUCGCUCACUGCUUUAAGACAUCAGCACUAUAGUCCUCAUAGAAUCGGAGCUUGUGGCCGCGGUGUUCCAGCUCUCCUCGUUUGCGCGCCUCCCUAAUCACCAAGUCCUUCAACUGGUACCGAUGAAAGCGAAUGAUAACGGGAUGGGGUUUGUCCCCCGGGCCGGGCUUGGGAGCGAGGCUGCGGUGCGUUCUGUCCAGCUCCGGGGGGAGAAGGGAGUAUUUCCUUGCCUAGGACGUCUACUAGGAGCUGGGAGAAAAAGGUGGUAGGGCGUGGACCCUCGACAGACUCAGGUAAACCCACAAUGUGGAUAUUCUGCCUCCUGCUGCGUCCUUCUAAAUCGGAGAGUUUUGAUUUCAGCCACUUGUUGUCUUCUUCUAACGCAGAGCACGUAGCUUCAAGUUGCUGCAGCUGUUGGCUGACCCCGUCUGCAUUAGACUCCAGAUUGGUAAUACGCUGUCCUUGGCCCGAGACCUCAGCUUGAAUCUGGUCCAGCUUGGUUUCCAGACUUGCAAAAGAUGUCCUGAAGUCAGCGGCGAGGGAGGUCCUGUGCUUCUCAAGCAGAUCUGCGAUGUUCCCCGCUGACGCGUUAGCUGUGCCGCUAGCAUUAGCUGCUGAGGUAUCCGCUGCUGCAUCUUUUUUUGCAUUGUUUCCUGUAUUUUGACAUAGCUUUUUGUUGUGGUAUCGAAACUGUCUGUAAUCAGACCCAGAUGCACCACAUUAAAAUGAAAAAAGUUGGGUUCGAAAAGGUAAAAGAUGGGAGCCAGAAAACUUCCCUCCUACUCCAUGCUCAGCAAACCGGAAGAAAAACUCAACCUGUUCUUCAACAGAUUUGACACUGCUGUCACACCCACUUCCACUGCUACUCCACCUUCCUCUCCGCAACAAAUCUCCACUACAACUUCUCCCCUUCCUCCUCCAUCUCGUUCAAAUAUCUAAACCACUUCAACUGCCUCCCUCCUAAAACACCAGUCCGUGUCUGUCACCAAAACAGGAGUGAGGAUGGAGCUUGGAGGACUUUGUCCUGGGAAGGCAGCUGGUCCAGAUGGUGUGUAUCCAAGGCUGCUUAGAGACUGUGCUGCAGAACUGUGUCAAUGUCUCCACAGGAUCUUUAACCUUUAAGUCUACAGCUAGGGCGAGUACCUGCUCUGUGGAAAACAUCCUGCAUUGUGCCAGUACCAAAAACAAAAUGUCCUGCUGAACUCAAUGACUACAGACCAGUGGCCCUCACUUCACACAUCAUGAAGACCCUGGAGCAACUGAUUCUACGCCUUCUGAGGUCUGAGGUCAGAGACGAACUGGAUUCCCUGCAGUUUGCAUACAAAGAACACAUUGGAGUGGAUGAUGCUGUCCUCUACAUGCUUCACCGUGCCCCACUCAUCUGGAGGAACCUGGGGUUUAUGUGAGGAUCAUGUUCUUUGACUUUUCAAGUGCAUUUAACACCAUCCAACCCACUAUACUCAAAGACAAGCUCACAGAGAUGGGAGUGGAUCCUGCCUGUGUUUCCUGGAUCACAGAUUACCUGACAAGAAGGCCACAGUUUGUCAGGCUGGGGAACUGUGUUUCUGGGACAUUAAUGAGCAGUACAGGGGCUCCACAAGGGACAGUGCUGGCACCAUUCCUGUUCACACUGAUUCUGUCAGACUUCAAAUACAGCACUGAGUCCUACCGCUAUUGUGGCACGUAUCAGAAAUGAACAAGAAGGUGAAUGCAGAGAUCUAAUAAGAGCCUUCAGUGACUGGAGUCACAAAAACUGCCCCCUCCUCAACACCUUAAAGACAAAUGAGAUGGUCAUAGACUUCCAUAGAUCCAAACCCCCUUUUCAGCCAGUGAACACCUGUGGAGUGGACAUUGAAGUGGUGACAUCAUAUAAAUACCUAGGUGUACAUUUGGAUAAUAAGUUGGACUGGUCUAAGAAUAUAGACUUCAUUUACAGUAAGGGGCAGAGCCACUUCUUUUGCCUGAGAAGACUCCAAUCAGUUGACAUCUGUAGUAAGAUGCUGCAGAUGUUAUAUCAGUCUGUGGUGGCAAGUGUGCUGGGGAGGAAGCAUCAAACACAGAGAUGUGAUACGUCUUAACAAACUGGUGAAAAAGGCUGGCUCUGUGGUUUGACUCAAGCUGGACUCAGUGGAGGAUUUUUGUGGAGAGAUCUACACUGAGGAAGGUGGAGACUAUUCUGAAGAACAUGGAUCACCCACUUCACAACACCUUGAUGGACCAAAGGGCAAAUGGUGGUGGACGGCUCCUCUCUCUUAGCUGCAGGACAGAAAGAUUCAGAAGAUCUUUUGUGCCAACAGCCAUUAGACUUUAUAACUCUUGUGUAAAUAGUAGAUAAAUGUAAAUAGUAGAUACUUUUAGAGACAUGUCAAGUGAAACAACAGACAAUUGAAUUUCCCUUCAGGGAUUAAUAAAGUUCUUCUUAUGUCAUCUGCAGACACAGUUAGGGUUAAGAGGAGUUUUCUUAUCUCCUUCAAUAAAUUCUAAAAUAAAUAAAUUCUAAAUGUUAACUGAUAUGCCGCAUAAAACUGGAACUUGGAGCUUGGCAAAUAUUAGUGCAUUGCUUAGAUCUCAUGCUACCUUAAUAUUGAGGCUGCGGAAGUUUUUGCGGUUUACAUAGUCUGCCUUACUUGGCCCCAGACUGGUUGUAAUGGGGAUGUGUGUGCAGUCUAUGGCCCUCUGGGGAAGCCUGAGAAAAGGGAGGAUUCAAUAUCCAAAUGCAUAAAUAGAAAAGUUCAAUAUGUGGACUUGCCAUUUAUGACCCUGCCUGCCAGUGCAUAAAACCCCUCUUUGAUGGCAUGCAGGGGCAGAUGGCGAGGAAAAAGGACAAACAUGUCCAGCAGAUCCGUUAGUGCCCUAUCAACUGCAUGAACUGCUUUGCAGCAGGUAUUUUUGCUGAGGUUUUCUGUAUCAACCACAGCAUGGAUAAAAGUGCCUGUGGGUUUUGUAGCAAAAAUGAAUAAGUGAAGGAAUAAAGUAGCCUAAUGCAAAUCCUUAUUUAGUCUUUUCAUGUGAGCCAUGCUUUGUCAGUGUAAAAUAACAUGAAGAUAAUUAGACAACUAAAUCUGUAAAAUACUCACCGCUGCAAGACAGACAGUCUGCGGGCUCAGAUUUGUCAGUGGGCAGUUUUUUAUACCCUGCUCUCGAGCAGGUUUGGCGUUCCCUGUAAGUAACCAGGGCAAUGAACCUGAAUUGAAAGAAAUCCACUAUCGUAGUACGGAAAACCCAGGAGUUAUCCAGAAGUUAUCUCGCUAAGAUCAAAUCCAGCUCUGUAGUACAGGACUCUAUUAACGUAAACAAAGGUUUCUCAAGUUUCUGUUCUUGUGGAUAAAAUUUAAACUAUCUGUACCAAUGCUCUUUGGUACUAAAAUGUAAUGUAAACAAAAGUGCUUACUCUCUGGUGUAUAAACAUAAAGAAAGGUGCUUGGUCUCUGAGGCCUGUACUAUGAAGCUGGAUUUGAUAACUUCUUGAAUAACUCCUGGGUUUUCCAUACUACAAGGUGGAUUUCUUUCUAUCCGGGUCAGUUUCCCUGGUAACUCACGUGGGACGCCUGCUCCAGAGCAGGUUAUGUUUCAGGAUAAGAUCUCAGCAGGUAUAAAAGACCACCCACUGACCAAUUGGAUCGCUUGGAAAAAUGGCUUGCCCAUUUUUACCAGAUCCCGUGGACACCAGUGCACGGAUAGUGAGAACAGCACUUCGCUGAGAGCGUUAUAUUCAUAAUCGUUCAAAUCCGUUUGAUUUACCUGACAUUCUCUCUGAACGAUAGAGAUUUUCCUCAUGCAGCCUUAAUAUUCAGGUAGCAUAAGUCUAAGCAAUGCACUAAUAUUUGCCAAGCUCCAAGUUCCAGUUUUAUGUGGCCUAACAGUCAUCAUUCAGAAUUUAUUGAAGCAGAGUAGAAAGCUCCUCUUAACCCCAAAUGUGUCUGCAGAUGACAUGUGACCAUCAGAUGAUGAAGAAAAAGGAAGAAAAGCUCGUCAUCAAGGCAGUGUGAGGAAAUCACUGUUUACAUGUUGAAAUAUGUAAAAAUAAAAUCUAACAAGAAACCCAUUAACCACUUUAGGAUGUUUUUCUAUUUAUUUUAUUUGCUCCCACGUACUCUUUUCCCCUCUGCUGUUGCAUCUGAAAUAAUGAUGUCAAUGAUGAUGGUGAUCGCACACACUACAUGACAACAUAUAAGUGGACAAUAAAUUUAUGAACGCACAAAUGUAAUUUACACAAUCAGCGCUUUUUUGCCAGCAGUCCCUCCAGCUUCUAGCCGUGAUGGCAUUCUUGCUCCUCGCAGUCUCACCAGUCUCACGAUUAUUCCUUAUAUUUGUGCUCUGUUCCUCGGCUGUGAAAUAUGAUGCGCAGCCUUCUCCAUUGUGGAGAUUGGUCCGCUGGCACUGACCCCACUCCCUUUACAUGUGCGCGCACGGAUCUAGAUUGGCUACAACUGGAUUCAGUUAUCGAGCUGAUAUCCUGCCUCAUAGUACAGCUGAUCGGGAUCUGGUGAAUUUGAGCAAGUUGUGGCGGAGUUAUCCUUGGUGUGUUAAUCCAGCUUUGUAGUGCAGGCCUCUGGUGUAUAAAUGUAAACAAAAGUGUUUACACUACACAAACAUUUUAACUACCUGUAUCAAUGCACUUUGGUACUCAAAUGUAAAUGCAACCUUUGGCUGCUCUUUAAGUUCAACCUGACUAUAUGUGGGUUUUUCUGAGUAAUUCUUGUCAUUGAAUACUAUUUUUAAUCUUUCCCUGCAUACAGCAGGUUCAUGUUCAUCUUUUUGCCUCUACCCCUCAGACAUGCUGAGUAUGCUUGAGGUUUCUCUAACAACAUCAUAUUAAUAUUGUAUAAUCAUCUUCAGAAACCGCUCACCUCUCUUCUCAAUGUCUUCUGUCUCACAGCUGAAAGGCUCAACAGAUCACAGUUACUUUGACAGCUACCCUCCUGAUGAAGACCCUCCUCCUGAUGAGCUGUCAGGCUGGGACAUGGACUUCUGAAACCUUCUGCUCUGUCCUGUCCUAUUUUCAUUCCAAACCAAGAACCAAACCCAGAGAGCAGAGAGGGUUCGAUAUCACCUGGCUGGAAGUUUUAUGGUCUGGAAAACAGAAGCUGCAGUUAGACAGUUACUUAAAGCUAUGGACAGCUGUCUCAACACAAAUAAAGAGCAGCUGAGUAAAAAUUAGCACAAGACCCCAGGUGUGGUGAACAUAUGACACCUAGCUGACUGAAAGAGAAAUUAUCUGUAAUUCUAAUUCUUAAUCUGAUUUAAUCAGAUGAGUUUUCUAUAUAUUCAGCUCUAAUGGGUGUCAUAAAUAAAGAAAUAAACUAAACUGUUUGUGUGUGUGUGUGCGUGCGUGCGUGCGUGCGUGCAUGCGUGUGUGUGUGUGUGUACGGAAUGAAAAUGUUAAAGCUGUAGCCUGGAGAUAAUGACUGCAGGAUACAGCUGUUUGUUGGUAUUUUACAUAAGGUUUCCUUUUAAGGAUAGGUUUUGCAGCAAAUUGACUUUAUUUUGUGUUGUCCUGUAAAGAUGAUUUCACUCCCUCUUUUCCCCAACCAGGACUCUUCUUCUACAGAGCCAUGCUGUUGUGAUACAUGCAGAAUAAGCCGGGUGGUCCCUCAACUCUUCAUAGAGGAGGAUGCAGCAACCAUGAUUUCUAAAAAGUCAGAAUUUGAUUGAUCGGCCUGUAGGACAGUUUUCCUCUUUCCCUCAGUCCACCUCAAAUGGGCUGAGUCCAGAGUCCAGAGAAGUUCCUGGUGUUUCUGGAUCAUGUUUCUUUCAGGUGUAAAAUUUUUAUCAAAUAGUAUUAAACUAAGAGUUCUUUAAAAAAAAAAAAAAUCACCUAAAAUUAAAACCUGAUUCUCAGAAAGGAUCACUUUGUUUUUGUCAUAUUAAAAUAUUAUUUUAAAAACCAGGUUGACUGCUACCCAGUUCACAAAACCUAUCCGUGUAGGUUUGGGGCCUACAGGGUGACCGCUCCACUUGUCUGCUGAUAAAAAUUGAGAUUUGCCCUAUGUGCUGAGAUCUGGAUUAACUUGCUUGGACUGCAGCCCCUCACAACUUGAUCUCAAUAAGAGGUAGAAAAUGGAUGGAUGCACUUUUGUUGUAAAAGUACAUUUUUAUUCUUCAGUAAGACACCAUGUCAAACGUUUAUACUCUGAUCUUGUGACUAAAUUUUCUUACAACUUUUCACACAUAAAAUAUUGUUCAGUUUUUAUAAGGUUACAAAUCUAUCCUGAAAAUUUUCUUUGACUUUUUUCUUUAAAUAUUCGAUUUUUUUCCCCUUUCAUUACUCCAUUACCAGAACCUGCGCUCAGCCAAGGGGCAGCAAAGUCUGGUCUCUGAAUUUUCUGCAAUUUUUGAUCUAAUUUUGCGUAUUUUUAUCAAUUUUGUCAACUGCUGAUGGAUAUUUCUGCGAGGAUAGGGGUUUAUUCAUGAGGAGAGCUUUUAUUGAGACAGAGCAAAUCUGGACCAAAACAUCCGAGGUGUUUUGUGGUUGCUGUGUUGGCGAGGAGGUGAAGGCCAAGUUGAAGGCUUGGAAAUGGAGAUAUAAACCCUUUCUUCCACCAGUCAUCAUGGGAAACAUCACCCCUCUGUCCAACAAAAGUAACGAACUGGAGAUAUUGGUGAAGACUGAGAAAGCAUACCCUAAAGGCUAAAGUUUUGUGAUGUUCUCCAUAUAACAAUUGCUAGGACUCAACAUGGUGAAAAAAGCUGGCUCUGUGGUAGGACUCAAGCUGGGCUCAGUGGAAGAUGUUGUGGAGAGAUGCACAUUUAAGAGGGUGGAGACUAUUCUAAAGAACAUAGAACAUCACUUCAUAACACCUUGAUGGACCGAAAAACAACAGUGGUAGAUGGCUCCUCUCUCUUCACUACACGACAGAGAGAUUCAGAAGAUCAUUUAUACCCACAGCCUUCAGACUUUACAAUUCUUCUUUACAUAGUAGAUGAGAUUAGAGUCUGGACAAAUGAAUUUCCCUUUAAAGAUAAAUAAAGUUCUUGUAUUUUAUUACACUGUGGAAUUUUUAAUUAUCAGGUCUUGAAAAAAAAGAAAAACAUCUCUUUUAGGUCUGCAUACUUUUAUUCAUUUCUUUGAGUUUGUGUAGGGAUGGUCGGGGCUCAGAGGAGGAGGGGUCCUUUCAAAACUCUCACAUCUGUCGUGAUAAGUGUCCAUCACAGUCAUAAAAAACAUCAAUGUUUCCGAGCUUUGGCCCUCUCUCUCAGACCUCACCUCUACAAGAUAUUCAACAUACAGAAAAUAAAUAGAUGCACGUUAAAGGUCAUUUCCAUAUACAAAUAAUAUUUAUGAAGCUUAUUGUACAAGCAUUUUAUUUUACCUACAGUGUAAAUUUACAAGAAAGGACUGAAGUCUGAAGUGAGCUGCUGAAACUGACUGUAAUUCCAACACACAUGAAUAAAAGUCAGAAAACAGGCAGCCUCUUUUCAACCCUACAGCAUACACCGCUGAAAUCUUUUUUUGCACAAAUAUGAACCAAAAACUGGAAAAGAGUCAGUACAAAAAAUAUGCAUACACGGUUAUUGACACAAAAUAAAUGCCUCUGAAAUAUCAAAAUAGUGAAUUAUCUGAAAUACAUCAGAGAAUUAACUCCACCAGCGAUUAAACUUUUCAUAUAUAAAACACUAUUUCCAGCUGCUUGUUUGAAGGUAGACUGAGCCCAUCUUAACAGGUGAUCAAUCAAAUCAAACCUAUUCAAAAGCAGAAAUCCCCCCCGCUCAAAAGGCACUUUUUUUCUUAAACAGAGAAUACUAUCAUCUGCAUACAGAGAGCUAUAUACAAAAUAUAAUGUACAAAUCUAGAGAGAAAAAAUUAUGUCGUUAUGUCUGCUCUGAAUAAAUAUUUGGUUUUAUAAUCUCUGACAUGAAUGUAUAACCUGGAAAUACCUUCCUGCUCCCCCAGGUGUUUAUGCUGGUUCCGUUUUUUUUAAACCUGCACUUGAUCAAACAACGCACCCCCUUAUGACUCAUAAAAACCGCCUCCUUACAGUAAAAUUAAAGGUCUAUGCAACCAUGAAAACAAUCUGUCCCUCCCUGAUAGUUGCAUAGCUCAUCAUUUUAGGCUUUUGCGACUCAAGGCAAAUUGUAUUGACUCUGUUGCCCCCUCUGUUUAAAGGAGUACAUUGUACGUCUUUGCUGACCCUGUUUGUAUCCUGAUUAAAAACAUUCACUUGCUGUGAAUCUUUCCCAAGGGAAAUGUAAAACAGGCACUUGAGUUCCACACUUGACACACUCUUUACAACAAAAAAAGACGAGACUAUUAAUCUGUGAAACAGUUUUUAAAUAUGAUGAAUCAGCCAUUGGUCUGUGAAUGUGGCUUCUUAAGCAAUAAAGUCUCUGCGGUAUAUACAGUCUGCGUUUUGAUGGUUGUGAUCUUGUUUUAGCUCAGUCUGGGGAUGCACACUUAUCACCUUUUGAUCUAAUUUUGCCCUCUUAAUUUAUAGUACUGAAUUAAUUCUAUUUCUAUGACAGUUGGAGAGAUUUUGGGUUUAUUUUAGCACUGCAGACAGGAGAUUUUCAUGAUCACCCCUAGGCCUCUAGGCCUAGGAGCACGCUCAUUAAUAUGUCCAGCUGUUGACACGACCUGACCAUAGCCUAUGAGCAGGCCUGUGUUUUGACCUCUUCCUUCCUAACUUUCCCUGCCUCAGCAAAUAUUUAAUAACACCUCUUGAUUUUUUCUUUUUUUUUCUCACCAAUAUGCAUCUACUGUAUGGCACUUUAUAAUGUCAUGCCAACAUGCUCUAACACAGACUUGAGGGUGCAGGGUAUAAAUGAGGUUGGUUUUUACUGUGCUGCACUCUGAUGGUGACAGGAAAAAUGAUGGGAUAACAUACUGAACUGUAUAGAAAUGCAUUUUCAUAAUUGUCACUCUGAGCUGUGAAUACAUAGAUGUCACCACUGUGUAGCAGCGACAUGGUCAGACACAGAGAGGGUCAGCCUGAGACCAGGUUAUUUAAAAACACAGGAUCAGUCCUCUGUGCUGCCAAACUGCAGGACUCAUAGUGUGUUUCAGCCUAGUGGUCUGGUUCUGUUCAGUCCAGUUAAGUCUGAUUAAACCUGAUCUUGCCUACAUUUCUAGAGCAGACUAUACCUUUCUCUGGCAUUAAAUCAGGAAGCAUGUUGCAUGUGCGUACAAGUUAACAGACUAGACUUUAGAGGAUUCUUGCAUUGCUUCUUUUAGAUUUUUUCUCUGUUUUUUAAAUAAGCAGCUAGAUUUGAUGUAUUUGAGAACUUUUCGAACUUCUAAUGAUGGAAAUAUAAAUGACUGAGUGCCUUACCAUACUGAAGCAAACCACCUGGUGGAAACACAGCUUUGUCAGUUGAACUUAUCUGCCCUCAUGAAGGUGUGAAAGCCUCUAAUUGUCCUGUAGUUUGAAACAUUUGGCUGUUUAAUGUUGUAGUUCCCUCUAAAUUCCCAAAUUCAAAUUC